GGAUGAAAUGGAGGGAGGGGGAGAGAGAGCAGGGAGAUGGCAGUUGUGGCAGUUGAUGGCAGUUGGUCUGGGGGUGAAAUCCCAGCAGAGCUCAUAGGUCUUGUAGGGUUUUGGAGCAAGGAAAGGUAUAUACAGCAGCAGCAGCAGCAGCAGCAGCAGCAGCAAGAUGUCGGAAAGUAAGUCCAUAAGGAAAGGUUUUUAAAUGAUGUAAAUGGAAGGGAAUGAGCAAUGGAGCACAGCAUUAGAUGAAGAAAGGUGGGUGACAUUGUAGCACAGAGGAAGAAAACAGGGCGCUGGCAGUUUCAAAGCCAUAGAUAAGGCGCCUGCGUUUGGGGAGAAGCAAUUGCUCGGUGUUAGAAAGGAAACCAGAAAUUCAGGUAAAGGAAAGGUAUGGAUGCAAGUGGCAGAACAGAAAAUUCGUGAAGGGGGAAAUGAAGGCAAUCGUGGAACAAUUAGGUAUUAUACGAAGUAUGAACUUGUGUAUGUGUGUGCAAAAAAUAAAAAGGGUUUUGUAUACAACUCCACUCUAACAUAUAAAGACAGUGUUGUAUAGUGGUGAGAGGGUCAGACUAGAACCUGGGAAACCGGGUUCGAAUCAGCAGUCAGCCAUGAAGCUCACUGGGGUGACUUUGGGCCAGUUCGCUGCCCGUCCGCCUAACCUACUUUACAGGAUAUUAAGGCAAACCCAGUGGGAAUGAAGAAGACCAAAACCAAAACAGGUUUAGUUUAAGUUCAGUUACUGGCUGCUAAUAAUAGUCCAAUAAGAUAUUUCUGUGGCCCUCCCAGAGAUUUCUAAUACAGAUCAAAGUGAUAUUUGAGAGCAGAUUGUCAAAACUACCCCCAGAAUCAAAAUAAUAACAAUGGUGAAUAAUUUCAGUUUAUUACCUGCCUUUUACCAUAAUAGGGACGCGGGUGGCGCUGUGGGUAAAAGCCUCAGCGCCUAGGACUUGCCGAUCGAAAGGUCGGCGGUUCGAAUCCCCGCGGCGGGGUGCGCUCCCGUCGCUCGGUCCCAGCGCCUGCCAACCUAGCAGUUCGAAAGCACCCCCGGGUGCAAGUAGAUAAAUAGGGACCGCUUACUAGCGGGAAGGUAAACGGCGUUCCGUGUCCUGUGCUGGCUCGCCAGAGCAGCUUCGUCACGCUGGCCACGUGACCCGGAAGUGUCUGCGGACAGCGCUGGCUCCCGGCCUCUAGAGUGAGAUGAGCGCACAACCCUAGAGUCUGUCAAGACUGGCCCGUACGGGCAGGGGUACCUUUACCUUUACCUUUACUUUUACCAUAAGGCCCCGUGGCGCUCUACAGUAAUUUAAAAUACAAUAUUAAAAGCAGUUUAUAACACUAGCUAACUGUAUGGAGGUUAGCAGACCUGUUGCCAGUUUAGUAACUGUAAGACAAUGCUUUUCUCAGUUGUUUAGUAUAGCAGCUCUCUUUCCUAUCUAUGUACACCUAAAAAGGAGAUGCCUAAUUUUGGCCCUAUAAGGGAUUUAAAAUCGUGCUUCCACUUCAUGAGUUCAUGAGUUUUUCCUUUGCUAACUUCCGAAGAAAGGAUAUACAGUAAUAGCAAACUGACCAUAAUAAUUUACUUUAGUGAAAGAAGAUUUAAUUUGAUGGUAGAUCUGAUUAUACUACAGUGUAACUGAAGCUCAAAAACAUACAAGUACAUUUGCUAUCAUGAUAGGGGAGAGGCAUGGAAGGGAAGGGGUGAAGGACAUUGCAUGCAUUUCCCUUCAUGCUCCCUGGGGUCAAUGUCCAUCCUACACUUACUAACUUAUUCUAGGGACUUUUUGGCAGGGGGCUGAAAUCUGAAGAAUCACAACUCUAGCAACUCACAUGAAGAAUUUUUUUGGAAGAAAGGUACCCUCAAAUUUAUCCAAAACAUAAAUAUGGGCCAAGCAGGAACAAUGUCAGUACAGGUACCAGAAAACAGGGAGAGUUACCUGGCAAAGGGAUGAUACAGAUCAUAGACUCCAAUCUAGUUAGUCUGGACGAAUCUCUAAUACUUAAUUGGGCUAUCACGCAAGACAGGGAGUGGAGAGAAGGUUUGCAGGCUCGAGUAAAACAUAUUUAUUCUGAAGUAAGCCCCAUAGAGUUCAGUAGCAUAUACCCACAGAAAGCACUGCAGCUCAUUUUCCUCUGCCUGUCCUAAACUCAUUGAAAUAACUUGGUUUAUGUGUGUCUCAUAGCCACAUAUUUGGAAAUAAUUCCUGUUAAAUACAUUGCGGCUUAUUUCUAAAUAAACAUGCAUAGGACAGGGCUAUGAGUGUGUUUAUCUGCUUGCACCGAUAAUUUGAUUUAAUUAAUAUAAUUAAAUCCUUCUCACUUUUUAGGAGAAAACUUUGGUGUAAACAAAAAUCAACAUAAAUGCUUUUCUUUAAAGUGGUAGGCAUACUCUCCUUACAGAUCAUCAAUACAAAAGACAUUAAAAAGAUGCAUUGGGAUUGUUAAACAAAAUAUCAUAAAAGAGUAGCAACAUAAAUGCAUUAUAGGGAACAAAAUCUUUCCCAAACUUGGUUACUGCAUGUGAGUGGGUUGCACAGAUAGCUGCAUUUCACACUUUUUUGUGUGCAUGAUCCAGGUAGGAUUUAACUAGAUUAGCUAACGAAAAUCCUAUUAUGCACCAACCAUAUAAAAGCUGCUCUUAGAGCCUCUGCCACAGUCAGACGGUUCAGAUUGGCAAUAAAUGUAGGGUUGUAAUGGUUUCAGCAAGCUGCUUUAACUGUUCCUUUAACCUAUGUAAGACAGAUUUGUGGAUGGUGUGAGGUACAGUUAACCCUGGAGCUGGUGGAUCUGGGUGACAUAGGAUUCCUUCUGAAGGCUGAGGUCCACAAUCUUGGGGACAUGGUAGACCCUUCAUUUGUUCUGGAAACUCAGGUAGCAGUCAGAUCUAUGAAUCUGAAGUUGGUUUGCCAGCUGUAACCAAUCCAAGAAAAGGCUGGCCUAACUAUAUGACGCACUUCCUGGCAAUCUCUGGGCUGCACUACUGUAAUAUGUGGGGAAUUGUCACUGAAGAUUGCUCUGAAACUUCAGAUACUUCCAAAUGCAUUAGCCUCUGUUUUAGUGGGAAUGACUUGCUAGUAAGAGCUGUGCAAUGGUUCCCAAUUUGUUUCCGAGCAGAAUUCAAAGAACUGAUUGUAACCUUUGACACUGUAAAUGGCACUGUAUUGGUCCAGAAUGUCCUGUACUGUGGGAAACUGCUCUCUGUGUUACCUUUCUUGGAGGCAAGACUAAUGAUAACAAGAAAGCAGGGCAUUUUGGGUAAUGGAACUUCCUCCCCAAAGAGACCCAGAAAACCAGAUUGGUUUUCAUUUUCAAAGCUUUGGGUUGUUGCUGUUUCACUUAAGAGUGCUUCCUUGGGCCUUUUUGGAGGUGACACCUGCCGACCAGCUAGGAUACAUCUUGUUAACGUGCUCUGCUGUUGCUGACUAUAGAUACAAAAGAGGUUGCUUAUGGGGGCAUUUAAACUGAACUUUACAAGUGAUCAUGUCUACCUUUGCGUUCCCUUGGCAACAUUUUCCCCCAGCCCUUUUCAACCUAUUUAUUUAUUUGGAAUACUUGUUUUCCAUUUUACAGACCCAAGCAGCUCUCAGAAAGGGCAUACAAAAGAUGUUUGCAAUAAAAAUCACAUUCAAAUCCGGCAUAUGGAACAGAACCAAAGUUCAUGAAGGAAGCCUAUGCCACAAAACCUUUGUUAGUCCACAGUGGGAGGCAGUAAUGCUUCUGAAUGCCAGUUGCUGAGAUCCAGCACUGAGGGCCUUCUGUCGGUUCCCUGACUGCGAGAAGUGAGGUUACAGGGAACCAGGCAGAGGCCCUUCUCGGUAGUGGUGCCCACCCUGUGAAACACCUUCCCGUCAGAUGUCAAAGAAAUAAACAACUAUCAGACUUUUAGAAGACAUCUGAAGACAGCCCAGUUUAGGGAAGCUUUUAAUGCUGGAUGAAUCAUUGUAUUUCAAUACUCUGCUGAAAGCCGCCCAGAGUGGCUGGGGAAACACAGUUAUUAUUAUAAAUAAUAAUAACAAUUGCUACAAACCCCAGGAAGGGAGAGUGCUCUUGGGCUUGGGAUUCUCCUCGCUGGUUUCCCAUAGGCAUCUAGCUGGCCACUGUGAGACCAGGAUGCUGGGAUUAGAUCAGGGCCGGAUUUAGGUUUGAUGAGGCCCUAAGCUACUGAAGGUACAGUCAUACCUCAUGUUACGUUUGUUUCAGGUUGAGUCCCGCAGCGACCCAGAAGUACUGGAAAGGGUUACUUUUGGGUUUUGCCGCUCGCACAUGUGCAGAAGCGGCAAGUCGCGACCCAUGCAUGCGCAGGCAUGGGUUGCGUUCUGCUCAUGUUGUCAACAACAAAUUGUCUGUUUUUUGGUGUUGAAUAUAUGCUAUAUGGUAAUUUACAGACCUAAUAGGAAUCAAAAGCCAUUUGCACAUGUUGCCAUGCAACCAGGCCAUGCAGAAUGUAGGCACCCUGUAUAUAGAAAUGAGCAAACCAGUGAUAUUUUAAGGAGCAGGCUAGCAGAUGGGGCCCAUUAUUUACAUCAUAGGAGCCUACACAACACAAAACACUGUUGCUGUAUGUAGGUUUUAUUUCAUUUGUUUUUUAUCUUAUAUUUUGGAAAUGUACAUCCAGUUUUUUCCCUUUAAUUUUUUCGGGGUUCCCCAAGAGAGUGGGGCCCUAAGCUAUAGCUUGUUUAGCUUAUACGUAAAUCUGGCACACUAGACUCCCCCCCCCAACCCCUCUUCUUCCCUCCUCUCUGCUCUCCACGCGUUAUCCUCCCUUCCACUCCACCUAAGCAUCUUUACACCUCCGAGCCCAACGUCACUCGCAACCCGACGCAAGAUCUACCUCCAGCCCCUGCCUGCGCGUCGCCAUUGGCUCUUUCUUCCUGCCCGUCAAAGUGCCGACAAGCGGCUUUCUCCGGGGAGGAGGCGGGGCUGCUGCUGCUUGGCGUAGAGCUGUCACAGGAGGGAGAGAGGGGAAGGAAGAGUCUAUAUCGUGUCGCCACUGCAGGAGGGGGGGACUCCUGCUUUGCGCCGCCCGGUUUGCACGCACAGCAUCUCUCUCUGCCGGGUUUCAUCGUUUCUCUUUCUCUUCCCCCCCUCCCUCCUCCCCGUGAUCUAGGAAGCAGCCAGGUCUAUUAUUCGUUCAAAAUCCAAACUUUGCGCGUGGAGUCCGUGCACAGCCCUCCUCCGGCCGAGGGUGCCGUCCAGCAGCAGCAGCACUCCGAGGCGCCGCGCUCCGCCUCGCCGAGGGAAGCAGCCGUCGCUUCGCCCAAGGAAGGAGCGAGACCCAAGGAAGGAGCGCCCCGCAAGGAAGCUCCUUCACCCACCGAAGGAGCCAGACCCAAGGAAGCCGCUUCGCCCAGGGAGGCUCGUUCCCCCAACGAAGGAGCCAGACCCAAGGAAGGCGCGCCAGUAAAGCAGGGCUCGGCGCCUGCGCUCCAGCAGCUCCUUUCCCCCGGCGACAGGGACAAAGCCGCCCGGGAUCCUGCCCCGAAAGUCUUCAUCCCUUCCACCAACAGCAUGCCGGACAAGAAGUUCUUCGAGAAUCUCUCCGGAAAAGGGAAAGCCAUCGGGGUGUUGACCAGCGGAGGCGAUGCGCAAGGUAAGACAGUUACUCAGGAUUUUAUUUUUGUUGUUGGGGGGAUUGGGUAAUGCUAUGCGCACUCCCCAACCCCACCGAAGGGGGGAGCUCAUUGCCAGAUGCCUCUAGGGGGGUGGUUUGAGGAGCAGGGAACGACCUGAAAGGGGACUGGACGUGGUUUCCGUGCAGGGAGGGUUCAGCUGCGCACGCAUGGCUCCGGGAAGGAAGCUGGAAGCGUUACAGGUGGAAAGGGAGGGGUCCCUAAGAAGGCAUAGGGUAGUGGACGUGAGACGGCUGGGCCAGAAAGCAGUGGGGAUUCAUAUAUGCAGGAGCAGGGGGGGAAAGGGUUGGUGGGGGGUGCUGACAGGUGAAGAUUGCAGGAAUAAACAUAGGUGGUGGAGGGAUAAAGUAAAAGAGGGUACGCGCAGCGUAGCUAAGAUUAUUAUGUUUUAUAUUUUUCUGCUGGUGGUAAAGUAGCUAAGAACUGAGCUCCAGUUUAACAGGAGAAAAACCCAAACCUUUUUGCAAAGGUUGAGUUAAAAAUGUUCUUAGAGUGAGAGUGAAACAGACUCGGAGGAAAAAAUUGCUUCUGACAUUCCUCCUCCCUCUCCCAUCACAUUCCCAAGCGUGUGACCUUCCUCUUAAAGGACCAAGCACCGCCAGGCUCUCUGGGAACUCGGUUAUCAUUCAGAUGAGGAUGCCUUUCACCUCUCUGGCAGGAGAGGGAAGACCAGAGGAGGGGGAAAGGCCGAGGGAGGCCUUUGUUGUAUGGGCUGGUUUUGGAAGUGAUGGGGCUGCCUGCCACAAGAGUGAAGAGGAAACCCACUGGGUGGUAUUCAACUAACUUACUCAUUUCAGAGCUGUUGAAACUAAGGGACCUAACUUAGUCAUGUUCACUGAUUUCACUGGGUCUGCUUAGUCAAAUACCACCAUCUGUGGUAUUUGGUUCUGCCAGACCUCAUAUCCUCAGGCUUUCCCUUCACUUUAUAUAACACAUAAUUGAUCCGGAAUAGACAAAGGGCUCUCCAAGACAGCCUUAUAUGGCUAAAAACAACAAGCCACUUACUGGAAAUAGUAGUGUGACUUGUGUGUUUGGCCAAAGAGGAAAUCGGUUUUUAAUUCUUAAGAAUUUAACAGGCUGCUGGAUGAGGCCCAUCUAGUCCAGCAUCCUGUUCUCACAGAUGCUUGUGGAAUACCAGCAAGCAGCACCUGAGACCCCUCCCUUCCUGCGGUUUCCAGCAACGAACGCGUUAAUUCUGGACAGUUAAUUCUGGAUUUACUUCCUUCUGCAUUCAUACAAUUUGAAUCAUGCACUGAGCCUUCAGAGGGCGAAGACAGUGGCGGUUAAGUGAACUUGACCAUGUACCCUAAGAGGAAGAAAUGGCGAUGGCGCGGUGGUAAACGUGCAUGGGAAUCACGCACGUGUCUAACGAGGGCCAGGAUAUCACCCUGCGUCUCAUUCAUAACUUCCCCCAACAGUUGCAACCGGUGACUAAUAGGGCUGCAUGGGAUUUCCAGGGGGUGGUAGAAUCGCGUUGCAAGACGCCUGGCUCCUCCUUGGGCGGCAGCCAACUGGGGUUUGUUCUUCGCCUGCUCCUGUUGGCAUCUGUCUGUCUCGGGAGGCAGUGGAAGAUUAACACCUCUGGAAUUUGCAACACGAUCAAGAGCCACAAUUUCCGUUAAGGGCUGAACCGGCUCAAGAUCACUGAGUCGGUUGUUUCCGUUGAGAUUCCUGCAUUGUAGGGGGUUGGACUAGAUGAGACUGCCCUGUGCAGCGGGUCUACUCAGAAGUAAAGCCCACCGACUUCAUUGCAGGUUUCUAACCGGAGCUUGGAUAGGCAUCUGUCAGGCAUGCUUUAGCUGUAAUUCGUGCCUUGCAACGGGGUUAGACUGGAUGAGCCUUUGGGGUCCCUUCCAAGUCCACGAUUCUGUGAUUCGAUUAUUCUAUGACUCCGCUUGCAGCUCGCGGCCCCCGCGUGCCCUUCUUCCCGGUAUCCUCGGAGGCAGGGCUCUUCUGGCCGGCGCAGGCUCCGCCUCCAGUGUGUACGUGAUCCUUUGCGAGUCGCUGCGGAUUGUGCCUCGGUACGUCACGCUCGCAUGUUGGAAGCAUCGGCGGCACAUCUUCUCCCCGUCUGCCUUGCUCCACCGGGAACGUUGCCCAUCCAUCAGUUAGUGGCUGGACCAGGGCUUGCUUUGAGACCGGGAGCUAAAGCCUGCGGGUUCUCCUUGAGUACACGCGAAGGAAAACCGUUCUCCUGAGAGUGUGCAGAGGGCAGUCGCCUCGCCAGUGCUGUGAAGCUAGCUUUCCAAGCGGAAGGUUCUUAAGUGGUAUUAUUAAGUUGCACAGAAGCAAUUUCACUGAAGUACUUGGCGUCAAAUAAUAUUAUUACCCCUCCCUCCUCCACGCGUUCUCUCUGCUUACUUAAGCUUUCAUCAUGUCAUGCUGGCGAAAGAACGUGACCAGGUAGCAACCCGAGUAAUCCACACUCAAGUGCUGCCUCUGGGAAGUAGGAGGAGGGCAAAUCCUAGUUUUUCCAAGGAAAUAAACUGCAUCAUUCGGAGGGCGAGCCCUGGCACACAUUCCAGCGUGACUGGGGCUUAUAUAAUAAAGGCAACAGCGGCGGGGCGGGGGUGAGAGAGACGGAGAGGAAAAAUACAUUUUUGCCACAAGGCAGUCCAUUGCUACAUUUAAACCUUCUCCUGAAAUUGUCUCUCGAUUUGGUUACCUAAAUGGCCCCUUGACAACUGUAGCAUGUGAACAGCCAAGAGGGAAGAAGAAAAGUUUGCAUUGCAAAGGCUGUGGGCAUCAGCCAAACCCUUUUGUUUUCUUCCAGGAUCGGAAGAGCAGGGGCUGAAUCCAGCCUAAAGACUUGGAAUGAUUAUUUUUUCUGGAGGGAGAUUAAAGGGACCCCUCUGGAAAAAGUAGGUGUGUGUUUUGUUUUGUUUUGUGUGUGUGUGUGUGUGUUUCUGUUUUAUUAACCUGCCAGGGAAACAGAAACACAGGCAGAGUUCUGUAUCCACAUCCGGGAAGGAGAGAGUAAGCAUGCACUGGUUGCCUUUGAGUCAUAAUCUUUCAAGGUCAUUGAGACAAGGUGGAGCAAGUGCAACUUUCUGACUAAAAGUUGCAACGUUGGAGGUUACAGAGGAAAGCUUAUGCAAAUCAGCUCUUUAGAUCCACUAGCUUUUCCUUGUUUGCUGGUUCUUCAGUGCCCAAACUUUUUCUUUCAACAGGCUUUAUAGUCAGAGAUAUCUCAUUUGUACCCAUCAUUAAUCGGAACUGGAAAUUUGAAACAGAAUGCACAUUCUUGCUCUGAAAGUCAACCACUGAUUUAAGCGUCACAUGUGCACAUUUCUGUUAUAUCAAGUUUCUCCUUACAGUGGUACCUCGGGCUACAUACGCUUCAGGUUACAGACUCCGCUAACCCAGAAAUAGUGCUUCAGGUUAAGAACUUUGCUUCAGGAUGAGAACAGAAAUUGUUCUCCGGUGGCACGGCGGCAGCAGGAGGCCCCAUUAGCUAAAGUGGUGCUUCAGGUUAAGAACAGUUUCAGGUUAAGUACGGACCUCCGGAACGAAUUAAGUACUUAACCUGAGGUACCACUGUAUUUGCUCCUGUAUAUUCAUACAAUCCUAGAAUUUUAGUUUUGUAUGUGUGUCGAACUAGACUGGAGAAUACACACAGAUAUGAAUACUUCAUAUUUUAAAGCGAGGAUUAAGAAUGUUGUCAUGAACACAAUUGUCAUGGACAAUUAAUGCAGAAUGCGGCAGCUAGACUGGUGACUGGGGGCAGCCGCCGAGACCACAUAACACCGGUCUUGAAAGACCUACAUUGGCUCCCAGUACGUUUCCGAGCACAAUUCAAAGUGUUGGUGUUGACCUUUAAAGCCCUAAACGGCCUCGGCCCAGUAUACCUGAAGGAGCGUCUCCACCCCCAUCGUUCUGCCCGGAUGCUGAGGUCCAGCGCCGAGGGCCUUCUGACGAUUCCCUCAUUGCGAGAAGCAAAGCUACAGGGAACCAGGCAGAGGGUGGUAGUGGCGCCCACCCUGUGGAACGCCCUCCCAUCAGAUGUCAAAGCAAUAAAUAACUACCUGACAUUUAGAAGGCAUCUUAAGGCAGCCCUGUUCAGGGAAGCUUUUAAUCUGUGAUAUUUUACUGUAUUUUUUGUUUCUAUGGAAGCUGCCCAGAGUGGCUGGGGAAACCCAGCCAGAUGGGCGGGGUAUAAAUAAUAAAUUAUUAUUAUUAUUAUUAAUACUUAGGGGUAAGUCUCGCUGACUUUGGCAGGACUCUAAAUUACUGAUGCAUAUGAUUUGGGCUGCAUAUUUUCUAAACUGCACACUGCUAUAGCUCCUUUUCAGUAAAAUACUUGCCAGUGUCCUGUCUGAAAGUGAAGACAGUAUGCUCAUGAUGUGCGAGACAUUCCAAGGCUGCCUUUUCAGGCACUGCAAAAAAAGUAUCUCAAGGCAGAUUCCGGAAUUGUACCAGCUCCUUAUGGCAUGCUCUGGGAUAUAUUCACAGCGGAUAGACAUCAGCUUCAUCAUUAUGAUGUCAGGCAACAAAUGGAAAGGAUCUAGCAUUUGAAGUCCAUUUGCGGUUUUGGUACAAACUCUUACACAAACUCCCUUCAAGAGAUGUCUCGGUGCCCAUCAACUGAUCAGAGCUGAGAGAAGUCCAUUUGCAAACAGUUUUAUUAUUGAUAGGCGGCUCAUAUUGGGGAUAGGGCAAUAUUUAUGACAGUUGUCAUACAUAAAUACUGUGGUUGAGGAUGAAAUUUCUUUGUAAUUCACCAAUCACUAAAACCUACCUAUACUAAAAUGCCACUAUUUCUGUAAAAUCCACUGUAUUUACUCCUGUAUUUGUCCUGCUGAAUUAAAGGGGACAGUUUGUUAUAAAAAUUGGUAGUACUGAAUUGUAAGUUAUUUUGCAUUAUCAUGUCACGCAUCUAGUGGAUCCAUCCAUUCAUCAAACAAACAAACAAACAAACAAACAAACAAACAGUAUCUAUCUAUAAACCCUUUCGCAGCCAAAAUAAAAGGCUCAGCAUACUCAGAAGCUGCUGCUAAAAUCUGAUGUCUGCGGCUGUGUAGCAAUGACUGAGCACUGUUAAUGCUUGAGGAUAGUUUUCGGUAUAUGAGAAGAUAAUUACAUUAUUGUAGAUAUAAUUGAAUUUCUAUUACGGCAGUGAAGAAACCAAGGGUAAUAAAAUAAAGCCUUGCUUUCCAUGGCCUCUCAUUAGCCCUCUAACUAAAAUACCAUUCCUCUGUGUCUUCAUAUUCUCGUUGCCUGAUUAGAAGUUUCAAUAUUAAAUUGAAAAUGUGAACGGUGACAAAAGUCUUGGGUUUUCUGAGAAGUAACAAGACAUUUAAAAGUGUUGAGAGCUGACAUUGGAUUGGAGUUAAUUGAAUUUUGGUCCCAUUGAAACCAGCCUGACGUUAGUCAUACCUAACCCUCUUAAUUUCAGUGGGAACAAAGACUAGAUCCAACCCAAAUGGUUUUGAGAAUAUGUUUGGUAAAAGGAGCCUGUAGAAAUAACCACUUAAACAUUAUUUUUGCCUAAUAAUAAAAUACAAACUGUGUUUCUCACAGCUAAAGGUCAGAGCAAUCUGAAAAUAAAGAAACAUUUCCAUGUGAUAUAUACAGAAAUAGAAAGCAAAUGUGCAAAUAAUGAGCCUUUUUAAAAUAGGGAAGUAGGCAUCCCCCACCUCGGCCCUCCAGAUGUUUUGGAACUACAAUUCCCAUCAUCCCUGACCACUGGUCCUGUUAGCUAGGGAUGAUGGGAGUUGUAGUCCCAAAACAUCUGGAGGACCGAAUUGGGGGAUGCCUUACUUAAAGGAUAUCAGCAUCUCUGCAUUUCACCUCCCCACUACAUGAGGUUGAGGUAAACGUACAAUUAUUUACCCAGUGCCAAUGUUAUGCUAUAUCUCUGGAAAUUUAUUUACUUACUGUCUUGGCCUGAAUAUAAGCUGCACCCGAAUAUAAGCUGCACCUUUAAAAUUAAAGGGGGGGGGGAGAAAUGGCAAUAGCCGAGGAGGAGCGGGGGCCAAGGAGGGCCAAGGAGGCAGCAUCUUAACUCCACUGCCAGUGAGCAGCAGUGCUUCCAGAGGGUCAGUGCCACCAUGGUUCCCUGAUGGGACAGGCAGAGAGAGGCAGUGGCUAGCGGGACUCACGUACCCCUCGGCAGGCUAAAACCAAGGCAGCACCUUGGGCUAGGGCCAGUCCCAGCACACUGGCUGCAUCUUCUGUUCCUUCUCCUAGCAGACUUUCUCUCUUGCUCUCACUCUCAUCUGUGUUCCUUCUUUCCUUCCUCCUCCUCGCCACCUUCUGGCUCCCUCUCAGGGACCCCCUCGCCGUGCCGCCAUCUUGGGAGACAGCCUAGCCAAAACCAGGCAACAUCUGGGAACAAGCCCACUCCAAGCCAAUUUUUUAUAAGGUUGCGAAUAUAAACCACACUUCAACUUUUCACAGUCAGAAUUUGGGGAAUAAUAAUAAUAAUAAUAAUAAAUAAUUUAUUAUUUAUACCCCACCCAUCUGGCUGGGUUUCCCCAGCCACUCUGGGCAGCUUACAAGAGGAGAUUAAAAAUAUAUUAAAACAUCAGUCAUUAAAAAAAACUUCCCUUAACAGGACUUCCUUCAGGUGUCUUCUAAACGCCAGAUAGUUGUUUAUUCCUUUGACAUCUGAUGGGAGGGGGGAAAGUGCAGCUUAUAUUCAGGCCAAUACGGUAUGUUGUCAGCUUACAGACUACUUACAGUAUAUAAAAAACAACAUGAAGUAGUUUGCAGUAAGGAGUCAGUGACUCGAGAAUACUAAUAAUGAUGUAUGCACAUGGAUCUAUGUUUUUGAGUGUCUGUUAGCCACGAUGGCGAGUGCCAACAGGACUGGAGUCAAAACAGCCACCCUGAGAAACAAGAGGAAAGCACCAGCAUUCUCCGGGAAACACCAAGGUUUUCAGAAAAACAAAAUAUUUUUCUAGAACUCAAACCCCCUCCCCCAAAGCAGGCCACUGACAACAGAGCAUGUGUAGCGGGUUACGGAAUUUUUUGGGGAAAAAUAAAAUUAGAAAGGGGAGAUGUAGUUAACUUUGAAUAGGGACUCUGAGGAUCAUCUAGCAAUGCAGGAAUAUGCAGCUGUCCCAUACAGUGGUACCUCGGGUUACAUACGCUUCAGGUUACAGACUCCGCUAACCCAGAAAUAUUACCUUGGGUUAAGAACUUUGCUUCAGGAUGAGAACAGAAAUUGUGCUCCAGCAGUGCAGCGGUAACUAAACUAUAGCAAAAUUGCUCAGAAAUAAUAGGGAAGGGGAAAUCAAGUUGCAAGGAAACAACUCGAAGAUCUGACCAGACACCUUCAUUUUAGUUGAAAAUGACAUGUUACCUAACAAGAGCAAUCAGCAGCCGAGCUUCAUUAAUAUAGAAGGCAUGCAAGGGGGUGGGAAACCCCAUUAACCUACCUAUUCCGUUUUACUUUUCUAAUUUGGGAGAAAGCUUAUUAUAAAAAAGGAUUACCAGACAAAUUCAUUAAAGUGAGGACACUACUUACUAAGAAAGGCAGAUUUGGGGUUCCCUUUGGGAAAUAUAAAUUAUGCAGCUUUAAUCAUGGUUUAUAAGAUUAUCACGGCUGUAGGAUAUCUGAUACUAUUUUUAUUGAAAUACAGCAUGGCUUUGAUUAAAGCACCUUAUUAGUUCUGUUCAAAAUGAAACAAUAAGUGUUGUCUCAUUUUAUUGGAGACGUGCAGGUACUGUCCGAGAGAUCCAGCAUCACAUCAGCAGGCAUGGUUGGGCUUUUUCUUCUUUCCUCCUUUUGCAGCCUUCACAUUCUCAGUCUUCUCUGGAAAAUUCUUCAACCUGCUGGAGCCAGUGUGGUGUAGUGUAGUGUAGUGGUUGAGAGCGGUAGUCUUGUAAUCUGGGGAACCGGGUUCGCGUCUCCGCUCCUCCACAUGCAGCUGCUGGGUGACCUUGGGCUAGUCACACGUCUCUGAAGUCUCUCAGCCUCACUCACCUCACAGAGUGUUUGCUGUGGGGGAGGAAGGGAAAGGAGAAUGUUAGCCGCUUUGAGACUCCUUAAAGGGAGUGAAAGGCGGGAUAUCAAAUCCAAACUCUUCUUCUUCUUCUUCAGAUUUUGGGGGAUGGAGUAGGAACUGUGGCAUUGGGGCAGAGGAGAGGAAGGGAAAGCCCCAUACAUGCUAGUGGAAGUCUGUUGUACAAGUGAGAUCCUGCAAGUGGAUAUAAUCCAGUACAGUGGUACCUCAGGUUACAUAUGCUUCCGGUUACAUACGCUUCAGGUUAUAGACUCCGCUAACCCAGAAAUAGUGCUUCAGGUUAAGAACUUUGCUUCAGGAUGAGAACAGAAAUCAUGCUCCGGUGGCGCAGUGGCAGCAAGAGGCCCCAUUAGCUCAAGUGGUGCUUCAGGUUAAGAACAGUUUCAGGUUAAGUACAGACCUCCAGAACGAAUUAAGUACUUAACCCGAGGUACCACUGUACUAUGGUGUGUCAUGCUCUUGCAUUAUGCAAUAUGGGCAAUCCUUUCUUUUGACUUUGGUGUGGGCUGAUUAUUGAUAGAUAAUGAGCAUCAAUGAGCAAUUGAUUAUUUUGAGCUGCUGAAAUUUGAGUCGUCACCAUCGAUCAGAAUAGAGGCUGAAACCGUUUUGUCUGAAAUGGUUUGCAUCAGAAGGGCUAGAUAUCAGCAGGUUUUAAAUUUGGUUUGGAGAGAAUUGAUCUGGAUUCUUGCGAAUAGGGUGAUACCGCUGAAUUCAGCGCUGUAUUUUCUCCUACACCCACACAGUGAGCACUCAGAAUAAAGGCUGCACUUGACUUCCCUGGGGUUGGAGGCAACAUGAAACUGCAUAAUCCAAGCUGUCUGGAUAACAAUCAGAUCAGAUUCAAAUUACUGUAAUUGUGGGUUCAUGAAGAGGACUAGGGAAGAAUGCAUUCACACUAGGCGAAAGACAACAAAGAACCCUGUGGUGUCUUCAAGACAUUUGUUGUUAUUGCAUGAGCUUUCGUAGACUGAGGCCCAAUUAGCUACUGUGGCAAAAUUAUCCUAAGACUUAAUAAUGUCAUCUGCAACAUCAGGGAUUCUUUCACUUGUUCAUUUUCCAGGGUGAUUUGUGCUAUGCUAUCAUCUGCUCACAAGGGAUGCGGGUGGUACUGUGGGUUAAACCACAGAGCCUAGGACUUGCCAAUCAGAAGGUCAGCGGUUCGAAUCCCCACCCGUGAUGGGGUGAGCUCCCGUUGCUUGGUCCCUGCUCCUGCCAACCUAGCAGUUUGAAAGCACAUCAGAGUGCAAGUAGAUAAAUAGGUACAGCUCCAGUGGGAAGGUAAACGGCGUUUCCAUGCGCUGCUCUGGUUUGCCAGAAGUGGCUUAGUCAUGCUGGCCACAUGACCCGGAAGCUGUACGCCAGCUCCCUCGGCCAAUAAAGCGAGAUGAGCGCCGCAACACCAGAGUUGGUCACGACUGGACGUAAUGGUCAGGGGUCCCUUUACCUUUACCUAUAAUCUGCCUACACUGCCCUGCUUCAUUCUGCAUAGGCCAGACCAUUGUUUGAAACUCCCAUUUUUCUAGACGCAUUUUGUGACAGGGAAUUUCAUUAGCGUGAGCAGUUUCUGAACUCUGGGUGCAGUAUGGCACCUAAGAUUUCAGAUGAAAACUGCAACGUCCCCACUUCCAGCUACUCUCUGAAACCCUCCUAAGAAUAUUAUGGGGGUGGGCAGGGGAAGGACUAGACCAUGUGAAAAAUGAAUAUAAUAUUUUAGCUGCAGUUCAUUCAUUUUCAGCUUUGCAUUCUUGUUAUAAAAAAGUGUGCCUAGACAUUCUGUUGUGGCGCCUAUAACCUAGGAUUAAGGUGCUAUUUAGCUCCUGCUUUCACAUCUCAGUUUCUAACACUGGGCCAGAUAGGUCAGUCUCUAUGCAAAACAAUGAAUGGACAUCGAUUUCAGAAAUGACAGUAUCUAUAACCCAGUGGCAGAAUGUUUUGGUGUCCCAAGACACUUUCUAACUGAUCUUAAUUCAGGCGGCUAUUCUGCAGUGAAGGAAUCCACAUGGAAGAAUACAGCAUGAAACAGCUGAAACACAAUUUAUCAAGAAGUUCAGUGCCAUCACUUGUGGGUUAAAUACAGACAAAGGAUUUUUAACACACUACAUGUGUUAAUAUUACCAAUGCCUGGACAUCUGUGCUAUCUAUAACUGUAGCUUGUGAUUAGCUCCAUGCCCAACUGCAGGUGUUAAUUCACUCAGCAAUGCUGAGGUUGAUUGCAUUAUCACCAAUCUGCUUCUGUAAAAGGUUAAAGGUGUGUUUAUUUAACAUACACUUAAAUUCUAAUUAACACUGACUUCAAUCCAUCUCAUUGCAAGGUGAAAGCGAAAGGUGAAAUGCAUGAAGCAAAAUCUUAGGUAUACAAAGCAGAACAUUGACAAAGUAGACUUAAGUUCAUGAAAGCUUAUGCUAGGGGUAGUUAGGAUUUUGCCUUUCAGGUGUUGUUGGUACAGCAGUGCCUUGUGAAUAGCACAUUGGCUAACCCUGGCAUAUGCCAUAAAAUUUAGCUAGUUCUUAAGGUACCCCAAUAUUAUUUUGUGAGUUUCUUGAGGGGGGUGACUGUAAGGCUUCCCCUCCGGAAAUUUUUACUAGGUCAUGAUUUUCAAAUCCAGAUGUCAAUAGUGGCUUGGGAGAUGACCCUCCUAAGCUCUGAUGACUAUCAAGAUCCAGAAACUCCUGAGGCGUAUGCAACUCACGAAUAAGUAACCUUGGUUCUGACUGUAGUCUUUGGCAAAGUGAGUAUUUUCUGGCAAAUUUCUCUGGAAUUUUGAUGAGGCUUUUGAAGCAGAACAAUAGUCAGACAAUUUCCCCUCUCUUCAUUUAGCACUGAGAGUGCAAGGGGGCCGUUAACAAAUACAAACACAAAGCUACCUUAUAACGAGUCAGGUAUUUCCAAAUCUUGCUGACUAGAGAUGCCUGGGGCUUCCUUCAUGUGAGACACGAACUGUACAACUGAACUGUAAUCCCACCAAAGGAGGCAUAUGCUGGCUGCUCCCCGAUAUAUCUGUUUCAGGCCACAUGUGGUUACUCCUCUCUGGUCAACUCACUGAUUCUCAGUGGAUUUUAGAACAAUUGAAUGUGUACUAGCUGUGCACUUGUGCUGAAGGCACAGAACCAUGUGCUCCAGAUUAUGUGAGAGAAUUGUUGCAAGAAUAGUCUUGCCAUGGCACAAGCUAAAGUUUAGAUCUGCUCAUACAUGUCCAGUUGAUCAUGGCAUUUAAAUAGUCAUAAUUUUAGGGUUCUCUACAUGUACCAAAUGACUCAGGGAAGGGAGGCAACUGACUCAUAUCAUACUUCUGUCUGCGUCAGUUUUUAGUGUGACUCUACCCCACAUUCUCUGUGAACUUGUGCAAUGGGCACUGUGUGCUGCUGGACAUGCUGCCUUGCCAGGGCACAAGGGGCAUUUGCCCUUCACAAGCUGGUAUUGGAUUCUUGAAGAUCUAUUUCCCGCUGUUGUGGGCCUGUGCUCCCAAACCAUAAAUGAUCUUCAGUGCAUAAGAACCCUUCAGGCAAUUAAAAUUACAGUUGAAUGUUCAGGAAGGUGAAUGGAUAGCACGUUGCUGUCAUACAGGCAGUUAGGCCAUAUUAAUGUUCAUCAUCGGUGAUGGGAUUAGGUAUUUGGGUCAUCUUGUUCACUGGUUUGCGCAACUGGUUCCAAUGAUGCCAUUGGUGCAUCUAUGGAGCCUUGUGAGUGGGUCAUCAAGUUGUUGGAAAAGGAUGUUGAUCCAGGGAAGAGGACAGGAAAAUUUUUUCAUUUGGGGCAGGGGGUUACAAUUCUCUUUACAGACCCCUUUGUAAAAAAGCUUGGGAGCCACUAGCCUAUGUUUGUCUUAUGCUUUGUAAAACAAGAAGCUUUUAAAGUAUUGAACCAUAGUUUGUGGAACAAGGAUAUAAGCAAGUAAUUUAUGGUAGCUUGCACAGCCUUUUGUUACUAAUCAGUGAAACUUGCAAACAAAGAAAGCUCUUCUGAACCUAACUGGGUCUAUACCAUCCACACAGUAAGGAUGGAGUUUGGAGUGGUGUUCUGGAAUACUGCCAGACAGGAAUACUUUUUCUUAAGAUAACUGGGGUGGGGGAUUUUGGUGUAGAUUUUACAGUAUGACCAUUGCCACUAGCUCCGUCACCUACAUCGUUCCACUUCCCGAUUUAGAUCCCUUUGUGUUCCAUUUACAAAUUCCUUGAUAUGUAUCCCUCAUACCCAGUAGGGUAAUUCUGCACUCGACCACUUAGAGAUUACUGUGUGCUAUACAGGGCAAAUUAAAGCACAUCACAGAUAUUGGAAAUUCUUCAUUGUGACAUAUUGCAAUAGCUUUAUACUGCCUUACACUUAUCCUUCAAUUUAUCCUUAAGGGAAAUUGCUGUUCUUGGAAAUUUGCUGUCAGGACUACUCAAACCCAAAUUCUGCAGAGCUCUGUGGUUCACAGUUGUGCCCUGGAGUUAUUCAGCAAACACAUGGUGACUUGUCACACCACACGCAGAACAUUUUGCAGUUUACUGAAGAAAAUGGGGCAAUGCUGGAGGAGAUCUAGCUAUUUUGUUUGUAUCUUGCCUUCCUCCAUGGAGCUCAGGGUGAAUGAUUACAUGAAGAAUUCAACUAUUGGUUGAAAUAGUUCAGGUGAGAGGUAGUAAUUGGCUCAGGCUCAUUCAAUGAGUUUCAUGGUCGAGAGGGAAUUGUCUCUCUUGUAUCUCUGUCCAUGCUGGCACCGUGCAGGCCCAGCGGUGUGAUGUUUUCCUGUUCGUUGUGAUGGGUUUUUGGGGCAUCCUGGAAUUUUGCAUCAACAAAUGUUCAACCAUUCCUUGAUGCCGUGUGAAUUUAAUGGGGAGACUGCACAUUUCUACAUGGGCUUCCUGUGCUGGUCAACUGCAGUGCAUUGCUUCAAGCAUUCAUUAAUCUCUCUAUUUAUGGCAACAAAGCGUAUAAUUAUAAUACACAGUGUCCUUUCUCCAGACACAAUCAGAAUUAGUUUUGUAAUAUGCCUUUCAUGCUAAAAAUUACAGUUUGUUUAUCGUUAAAGACACUUCAAGUUACUGCUUGUUUGGUAACAAUGUUAACCUUGCCUCUCUUUGCUUUCUCCUUUCCAGGUAUGAAUGCUGCAGUCCGUGCGGUAGUGCGUAUGGGAAUUUAUGUUGAAGCAAAAGUAUAUUUUAUCUAUGAGGUUGGUGUUCACAUUUGUUAUAUGUAUGCCCCCACGGUCCAUCUUUUGGUCUAUGCAGAGAGAGAGAGAGAACACUCCUUUGGAAAGUGUGGAAUGACAAGGAGAAAAGCAGGGACAAAUUGGGAAAUGCAGCCAUUGUCUCUCAGCACUACAUGCUUGACUGAAAGUAUAGGAAACAAAAAAGUGUAGGGAUCAGAAAAAUACGGCGACAUAUAGAGGGAAAGUAAGGAUUGCCCCCCUAAUUUUAUUCUCCUCCUCUGCUCCACACCUUUGCUCCCCGCCCCUUGAUCCAACUAAGGAGGUCCACAGAAUGGAAGCAGCCUUCUCUAUGUGUGACACUUGCUCGAUCUGAAGUCAGGAGUCUAAACUGGAUGUGCAUGUUGGUGCUGUCUGUCCAUGCCGCACAAAUUUAUUUAUUACUCUUUUUCAUAAUCUUAUAAACUGCUUCACUGCCUGAAGCCACCCAAGUGGUUUACAGUGAGAUAAAAAUGAGAUAAAGUACAAAAAUACGAGUUCUAAAUGCAAUGAAAUAAGGUGUACAAUUAUUAUUCCAUUAAUGACUGGGUCACAGCUCAGUGGAAGCCUUUUUUAAUGAAAAGGUAUCUCCUGUAGGUACCUAAAUAUCACGACACACAACACCUGUCUAACUUGAAAUGGUAACUGAGGGCUGGACCUGCAACACUAAAAGCCCAAUUUCGAGUACAAACAAAACACCUCUGGGGUAUGUGGUACUCUUUCUUGAUCCUGCUCUGUUACUGGAGGCUGAGGUAGUCUCAGUGGCCAGAAACACCUUUUAGUAGCUGUUUAAUAAUAUUUGGCCUCCCAGCCCAUGUUUCUCACUUGGGAUGUAAUGACGACCACACAAAUAAUGGUUCUGCUCCCUACUCCCCACUGCAGCUCUCACCCUAUGAAGGUUUUCUUCUAGUAUGUUCUCACCCUGUGGGAUGCACACCGCUUUCUUUCUCCUUUGUGACAAGACUUGUACAUCCUCUGCUAUGUCAGGCAACAUAUACCGUAUUUUUUGCCCCAUAGGGCGCACCUAGUUUUUUUGGGGGGGGAAUAAAGAAAAAAAAUUAUUCCCCCCCCCAGGCACGGGGCUGGGGCAGGGGAAGCCUGAGCUUCCCCCGACCCCAGCCCCCAGAACAGGCUGCUAUCCGCAAGCCUAGGGAGCCCGGCGGGAAGUCGCGCCGGGCUCCCAAGGAUUGCGGAGAGCUGCCCGAAGCCUGGAGAGCGAGAGGGGUCUGUGCGCACUGACCCCUCUCACUCUCCAUGCUUCAGCGAAAGCCUGCAUUCGCCCCAUAGGACACACACACAUUUCCCCUUCAUUUUUGGAGGGGGGAAAGUGCGUCCUAUAGGGCAAAAAAUACUGAGCCCACAGCAAAAGUAACAUCAAUGAACAAACCUCACAGGUAAAGAACACCAGUAGCAGGGGGAUGGCACUUCAGUGACAAUCGGAAGUAUUGGUGUUGCCCCUCUGAGGUGACCCACAAGUGCACCAUAACAUGGCUUAAUUUAAAAUAAUAAGGGCUUCUCUCCACCAGUGAGAAACUUGGCCACAGCUUUUCUGGCUCAAACAUCACUGCUGCCUAUGCAGCUGACAUUCAGGCAGCCCAACCAACACAAGGCUAGUGGUUUACGAGGCAGCAAGGAGGCCAGAUGACAAUAUUUACCGCUCCGAUGUGCCAUGUAACCUUCUGGCAGCAAGAACAGAUUUGCACUUGAGUGUGCAUCCCUAUGAACAUGUGAAUUUAGGUGUGCAUUCAAUCGAAAGCCAUGUAAUGUGGAUUACUGACACCUGUGCACCCCACAGUCCUUUCAACUUCAAGGGAAAAAUCUCUUGUGAUGUGGAAGGUAGACUUUGUUUUAUUUUGUAAACUAACUUUGGUGAUGGUGUCUAUAGGAACUUAAGAGUAGAAUAUACAUUGGAAAAUUCCCCUCUGCCCAAGUUCAUGAAGCUUGAUUGCUGGCCCUAAGACUUCAUUCUGCAUAUCCAUCCAAGUUGUUUUUAUAGUGGGUGGUAUCCUUAUUGUAGGACGUAAUAUAUAUUUGAAUCUAUGCAUGCUGAAUGUUCAGUGGACUUCUUCCAAAGCCAUACAAAGAGCCUAUUGUCCUUAAGUUUAUAAGCUAAUAAAGCAUUCAGCUCUUGAUAAAGUUGCAUCUGAAUUGAUGUGAUUGUAGAGAUUCAAAGUGCAUUAGGAAGUGUUUUUAUACGGAAGAGUAUUUUCUCCUGUCUGGCUCUUUGUCUUUGCUGGCCCAUGCCUGUCUACUUCCGUAACUUGUGAGUCGAGGAACUGUAAAACAUAUGAAUAUGCAGGCAAGCGGAACUCGGUGCACCACAAUCCUUUGUAGUAUUGCCACAGCAACUAACCAAGUAUUUGUGUGUCAUGCCAGCGCUGGAAGUUCCUGUUUUACUGUUUUACUGAAAAGUAUUUUGCCACCUUGCUUGAAAGAAGCUUGGAAAGAUGGUUGGAAAGAUUUUUCUUUCCCUUAUCUCUGCAAAAAGUUAUCUCAAAUCUGUCCUCUUAUAGUGCCGGCUGAAUUGGGGGCGGGGGUCACAUUCUGAACUGAGCACUGGCUCUCCACAGAAUCCCUGAGCUGAGGUUCAGGCAAAGGGCCUCUUAAGCCCCACAGGCCCCUCUGAUGACCUACAUUACAUUUAGCAUGAGAUACAUACUAAGGAAAGUCUCUCUAGCUGUUCACCCUGGAAGAGGGUGUUAAACAGCCCUUUGCCUGUCUCUCUGUUCAAGUGGCAAAAAGCAACUGAUACAUUUAACAGGAAUAUGGAGACUAUACAGGUGGGCAGAUCGAGUCACUAAUGGUUUUUCCCUGGCAUGAUUCCAUUGGCGUUCUGGAUACAAUCUUCAUUUCUGUAUGCAAUGCAUUUGGAGUGCUGCCUUUUUUUUUGUUCAUGCAGAAAACUUAUUCUAUAAUGGAAGUUAUUUCAGGCCAUUAACAUUCUUUUAAGCAAAUGUUUCAAAAAGACUCUUAAAACCACUUAGUAGCUAAAAGAUACCAAUUUCCUAAGUUUAUGAAAAGAUAAGCUUCAUGGUAGAGCACCUGUUUUGCAGGCAGGAGUUCUCAGGUUCAGUUUCUGACAUCUCUAGGUAAAGCUAGUCAGACAACUAGAUGCUGCCACUCCAUGUAGCCUGUACUGUAUAGAUGUACCAUUAGCUGACUUGGACAAGGCAGCAUAAUAGCUUCAUAUCUGUAAUUAACCCAACUAUGCUCUGGGACUAUUUCCUCUUCAAUUCCAAAGGUCAAAGGAAAAACUUGGGAGGUAGUAGCUAACUCCUGCUUGCUUCCAGUGUUUUGACCUUUGAAGGUGGGAAGGUUGGCAGAUGUUUGAUACCUUUUUUAAAGUUUAAUUUGACUAAUAGCACAGCUUACUCCAAAGUAAGUCUCACUGAUUUCAGUGGGUCUUACUGCCUGCUACAUAGAAUUGCAGCCUAUUUGUGUUUAGGAUAAUUGUACUCUGAUUAGAGAGCCAAGUCGUGGAGUUCCGGGUCUUACACUGAUGUGUUACAGAGUUGUAGUUCCUAGCAUCUUUAUUCUGCUUCUUUUUUUAUCCCUUUUCCUCCCAGCAAGAGUUUUAUUUGUUCAGUGAAGUAAUUAUGCGUUGAGGUCGUGGGGAAAAGUAGCCCCCAUGUCAGCACUGCCACUGUUUUGUGUCAGCUGUGCAUUCCAAGCUGCGAUAACCUGGAAGUUGUGCUGACUGUAACUUAGCAAAGGCAGAAAUGCAAACUGGCUGCGGACAAGUUGUGGGUGGUUUGUCUUCAAUAUCCCUUUCUGUUUAAACACACAAGUGCCUAUCAGAAAACUAACUUUUCUCUAAGUGUCCCCUGACGGACAGUGUUUGAUGUGUAAUGAUGCUGAAUAUAUUUAGACUGCAGCAGUUAGCUUGUCCUAAAUGAGAAGUUUAAUACACUGCUUAACCUCACAAUGGAUCAGGAUUUACUAUAGAAUAGAUUUAAUUCAAACACAUUCAGCACCAUCUAUUAUCUGGAUAGAUGGGUGUUGGGGGAAUAGAGGGAGAAGUUUAUUUGCAAUUCUGUCCCCCACCCCACCACCCGCAAAAGUCUGGCCAUUGGUUUUUCUUUUAAGAAGUGUGUGAUAUGAGAUUCUGGUAACUAGAAAACCACAAAUGCCUUCUAGCAUUAUAACCUUACCAGCUACAGUCUGUGAAAUAAUCUUUGCUUAAGAAGUGACAUGCAUCUGCUUCUAGAGACUUUGGGGGUGGUGCUGAAAUGUAACAAAUGGAAAAUGUAGAAACUCUAGUGCAUAUUGUACCAACUUAAACAUUAAAAUUAAGGUACUCUCCAUCCAAAACCUCAAAAAUCAAAAGAGUGAGAAAAUUGACCCUUCUCUUUUUUAGGAAUAGGGAUCAGAAAUUCAGGACUACCCUGGGAGAACUGGAGCAUUUGAUGAGAUGCAGUUUUGGUUUUUUGAAUGCUUCAUUAGCUGAAGAAUGAAUCAUAGCCAACAUCUCUUGAAUGCAUGGGUCUGCCACAAAGAGGUAUUUGUUGUAGGUACCAGAAUAUAAUCGGGCAAAUCCAGUGCCAUGGCACGUAGGCUGGGAAAUUCCAAAGGAUAUGCUGAAAGGACAGAGAUUUCCUCCGCUCCACUUCAGAAACCAUCAUGAUCACAGCAGCUUCAAUGGACGUUGUUGUUCUGGUGAUUUGCCCUCUGUCUGCAAUGGAGAGUAGCCAUGGUUGCUGUAACAUGCUUGUACUUGUAAUUAGUGUCGAAUUUUCUGUGUUUGUGUGUGAACGCCUUUGUCUCUAUGCUUACUCUGUCUCUGUGAACACUGCACCAUUCUCAGGUUUAUCAGCUGCAAACUUGUUUUGAUUUACAUUACCUCAGCUGGAAGUACAGUCAAAUUAUUUAGGGAAUGGAUACACAGUAAACAUUAAGGCUUCCAACAAGCAAUCAGCUCUUUUAAAAGAAAAAGCAACAAUGUUUCAGAGAAAAUUAUAGAUAAGAGAUUUGUUCUGAAAUGUGUAUUCAGAGAAAGGGACAGGUAGCACUUAGGAGUUUUGCAGAUUAUAACAGUGCCCUAACACCGUUUACAUAAACCAGCCUUAGUGGAUUUUUACACAAAAGGUUUAUCUACACUACAAAUGUAUAGUUCUUAACAUGUUUAUGCUCUCGUAGCUUCCCCCAAAGACUACAUGUGUGUGGUUCUGCCGUUUUCCUUCUCCUGCACCAUUCUCGUUCUUUCCUAUCCAUCUUACUUGAUCAUAAACUUAGCUCAGUUUUAUCAUAAAAACCCUUUGAUGUUACAACUGUAUUUAAUCCCCUCUGAAAUGAGUGCUCUUUUUUAUGUCAGGUUUCUAUAAUGUUUCUCUCUUGUCACAGGGUUACCAGGGCAUGGUUGAUGGAGGUGACAACAUUGUUGAAGUCACAUGGGAAAGUGUUUCAAGCAUCCUCCAAGUGGUAGGUUCUGAAUUAGGACUCAUUUUCAUGCAAGUGUGUUACUUUUCUAAAAACCAUCCCUAAAGAGCUAAUGAAUAAAAUGUUUUAGUAAUUAAGCAAAAUGCUUUGCACUAAACAGCUUUGUGUUUUGGUCCCAAGCCUGUUUAUUUGAAAGUAAGUCUUAGAUAUACUUACUUAGAAUUUUUGCUUCUGUCACCAUCCAAUAUUUUCAGUGCACAAAUAUCUGGGCAGCCUUAUUGUCUCUCUCUUUUUUUAUGUUCAGGGAAGAGAAAUGGAGCAGCAUCCAAGCAGAAGGAUGCCAGCAGAGCUCUCUUUGCUUUUUAUUUCCCCCUCCUAGUAUGAGUCAGUAUAAAAAAUGUUCCUAUGUUCCCUUCAGGAUUUAAUAACUGUUUUGUGUUGGCUUGAGCUUGGCUCCUCUUGCAGGAAAAUUCCCUGCCUGCCGUGACUUGCAUCACGUAUGGGUAUGGUAGUGCCAAGAAAUGUUUUCAGCGUAGAUGAGCCCUGUACCACAGUAAAUUGACACCGUUCUGAGAGCAAAAUAUGGACAUAGCUUUAAUUCUUUUUCCUGCAUCAAAAAAGAGGAAUUAAUAUUGCGUAAUCAGCAACUAGCAUGUUUUCAGCAAAGGAAAUUACAUAACACUUUUCUCUUAUAUUGACACUCUUCUAGUAUGCAAAAAAUACUUCUGACCGGUGGCAGAACUUCAGUCAAGGAUAAUAAAUGUGAUUUAAACCUUGACUGAAGAGAUUUAUGCUUUUGAACCAUAUACUAUAAAACUAACGGAACAGAUUAUCUGUUUCAUAAGAUUCGGCUGAAACACUGAUUCUUCCUGACUUUUAAAUCUUGCACAGCAGCAGUUCUGAAGGUGUGGAGGAACAGAAUACCAAGUCCAGAUUGAAAAAUUGAUAAAGAAAUGAAGGAAACUGUUGUGCAAUGAUAGCAGGAAAGCGAAAAAAAACCUGGCUGAAAUGCUACUUUGUCCUAUAGUCAUGAGUAACAGUAAUGUGUGUGUUACUUAUUAAGGAAUGUGUCAUUAAUGUAGUUUAUUCCCCAGUAGCAAUCACUUUAUUAUCACAUCUGUUAUCUAUUAUUCAAGUUUAUAUAUAACUGACUACCAGCCAUCAUUUUUAGUCACCAUCUGUACCAGACGACCAUAAAUGCUGUGCUUUGUGCGUAAGCCAAGUAAAGCAGAUUAAAGUCCGUUAAAUGUAAGAUAUUGGAUCUUCUGGUCAAUGUUGUACUUUCACACCUGCAUCCUGCCCUUUCUUCGUGGAGUUCAGUGUAGCACGCAGGGGCUUAUCCCAUUUUAUACUCACAACAUUGACCCUAGUCUCUUCUUUUCUUGUUUCUUGCUCCCUCCCCCAAAUAUCCAACUGAUCUGAAAUGAAAUGACCUCUGCAGAGAACCAACAUACUGUUGCUGCUCUGUGUCGGAUAAGCACUGCACAUGGUGUAGGGAACCUUUCCGUAUCAAUGCUCUCUGUUUUUAUUUUAGCCUGGAUCUCAGGCACGAGAGGGAAGCAGCAACUGCUGACCUCCUCUCUCCCCAUGCUCUCUACUGCCCUCAACAUUUUACCAGCUGAGGCUUCCAGGACUGAUCCUUCUUGUCUGGUGCCUGGCUGACUUAUGAACAGGUUUGACAGGAAACCCACCCUUAGCUACACACCCCCUGUCACCUCCAGGCUUCCUGGCAAGAGAGGAAGCGUCUCUCUUGUUACGGCAAUUGAGUCAACUCUCCCUGCCACCUUGCUUUUCCUCUCUGCCAUCCUCAGUUUAAGGUUCCCUGGUAAUAAAGGCAUUGCUAUGGCAAGGAGCACUAUCAGGUUGUAAAGGUGACCUUUUGUCUCAUCAUUGGUGUUGUUGUUUGACCUCUAAUAAUGAAUUUUGUCCCUAGAAUAAAAGGAAUAGUUUGGAACCAGUGAGCUACAAAAUAAGCGCAAUAGCUUAAAAUCAUUUUCAAUCCUCCCAAGGACAAGGAAAUGUAUAUGUGUUGCAUAUUUCUUUAACCAAGUAGUGUUUACAUCUGACAACAGACGUAGGAAAUGUACACAGACUGUAUCAGGGGUCAGCAAACUUUUUCAGCAGGGCGGUCCACUGUCCCUCAGUCCUUGUGGGGUCCGGACUAUAUUUUUUGGGGAGGAAAUGAACGAAUUCCUGUGCCCCACGAAUAACCCAGAGAUGCAUUUUAAAUAAAAGGGCACAUUCUACUCAUGUAAAAACACGCUGAUUCCUGGACUGUCCACGGGCCAGAUUUAGAAGGUGAUUGGACUGGAUCCGGCCCCUGGGCCUUAGGUGGCCUGCCCAUGGACUAUAUACUCCAUCAUACUUCUGCCAGCACCAGCUUCUGCAUUAGUGUUUAUAGCAAUGGAAGUAACAUCUGGAGAGCUUGUUCCCUCAACCAGAUUCUUCUCUUUUCUCUUGAAGGGAGGAACGGUCAUUGGCAGUGCCCGCUGCAAAGCUUUUCGGACCCGGGAGGGCCGCUUGAAGGCAGCUUGCAACCUGGUGAAGUGUGGCAUCACUAACCUUUGUGUGAUUGGUGGGGACGGCAGCUUAACAGGGGCUAAUCUUUUCCGUGAGGAGUGGAAUGGCCUUUUAGAGGAACUGGCACAAAAUGGUAAGUCAUGCUUAAUCUUGUGGGGCAUUAAGCUCCUCACGUUCUGUGUUAUUUAUUUUAGUAUUUUAAAAUUGCAAACCACCUUUGGUACAUCAGCAGAAAAGUGCUGCAUAAGUGCAAGGAAACAUAUUUGUUGUGCUGUACAAGCGCUUACGUUGUUAGUUUAUUGUAUAAGAUUUAUAUCCCUCCCUACAUCACCAUGAUCUCAGAGCAUUUUGCAAUUAAAUAAAAACCAAGUAGAAUAUACUUUAAAGUGCAACCUUCUCCCUUCUGUUAAAUAUAUCUGUCAGAUUAGACAUGCACCGACAAAUAUCACUCAGACACAUGACAGCCCAUUUAAUAAACCCUUUGUGGAAUAGCAGAGUCUUCAGCUGUUGUUAAAAUAUAACCAAGGUUUGUGCUGGUCAAAGCUUGGAGGAGAGAGUAUUCCAUACCUGGGGAGCAUUUACACUAGGAUUGCAAGUGGAUACAGAGGUGGAGGUGCUUGGAUUGAGGUACUAGUGUUACACAACAAUGCAGUUUGUCACUUAUUUCCUUACUGAUUCCAAGAAGGCAUCUGAGAGACAAACUGUACCUAGAUGGUUCUGUUCUCCCACUUGCCUCUGUAACAGAAUUAGGCUCUUCAUCCUAGCUUUUGUCCUUAAAAGCCAGUACUGAUAGCCACUGCCGUGUAGUUUUAUCCCUGGUUGAGAGUGCGUAGCACUGAGGUAACAUCUUAUUUCGCAGUAGAGGAGCUAUAAUGGCCCUUGAUACAAUUAACUGGUUUUGUGAAACUCUUAAUAACAAAUAAAGAGCAUAUGGCUGCUUUGAAAAUGGCCAGCAUUUGUAAUACAUGGAUGACAAAUGAGAAUCUCAGUCACUAUUUCAGGCUGGCCAGCUACUGUAUUCUGCAAUGGGUGCUCUCUUGUCCAGCAAGUGCUCUGGGGAACAGAAGUGUAUUUUGCCUCUCAAGCAGUACUCAGUUUGGUCAGACUCUGAAGCGCAGUUAGUGACAUCUGGCAAUCAUAUUUUCACACCACAAAACCUAAAGGGAUAAAGAGUUUUAAACCUAAAAAUUUCAGUGUGAGCUCUCUUGUGUGGAAACAAUGGCUUUUUCUUUGGAGUGAAACUCUGAACAAGCAUUCUACCUUUCUAAACAUUACUUAGGGGGCAGAAGUGGCUCUGAGGCCACCGGUUGGACCACUUUGUGUUGUAUUAAGCACAACUGAUUACAUUUAAAGGUUAAUAGUUGUGGGGGUUUUUCUAUUCAUACAAGCACAGUCUUAUCAAAACUUAAGUUCCAUGACCCCAAUAAAGUGAGGACAUCUCUGGUCUCCCAGCCCACUCCCCAUUCUUUCCCAAUAACUGAAGGCAGAAAUAAAACUCCCAUUCAUUGGCAAAUGCAGCAUUGAUUCACUUAAUCCUUUCUUCACAAAGAGAAUUUUCUUGCCUCUUAUACACGCCUAGACUGUAAUAAAUGACAAAGCUACAUUGCUUUAACUUCAUGGGAGGGGGGUGUUUGUCAGACAUUUCUGGAUCUAUUUUUCUCUUGCUUUUUUGCCAGGUGAGAUUGAAAAAGGGGCUAUCAAGAAGUACGCUUACCUCAACAUUGUGGGAAUGGUUGGCUCCAUCGACAAUGACUUCUGUGGUACCGAUAUGACCAUUGGCACUGACUCUGCCUUGCACAGAAUCAUUGAAGUUGUGGAUGCCAUUAUGACCACCGCUCAAAGGUACUUUGAACUCAGGAUGUGAGAUUUUAAAAUAGCCACUUGGACAACAUCUAAGAGCCAUGGUUCUUUUAUUUAGCAGUACUAAAGUGCACUGAAGUUGUAUUAAUUUCAUCCUUUUGCCAAAGACGGAAGGGUGCACACGGAAAACCUGCCUGCAUUGCAAUUUAUGACAAAGAGAAGAGCUAGAUGAGAAUCCAAAUAUGGAUGUCAAAAAUGGCAUCCCUAUCUUUCUUUCCUGUAAUGUGUAUUUGUGGAAAGAUGUGGCAGUCUUUGACUGCACCCACUAUUAUUUUUUACCCUGUCACCACUGGCAUGCGCAGAAUGCUGCCCUCAGGACAAAAACGGGUUAUCACUCUCAGUUUAAACUAACUAGAGCUCCCAGUUCCGAUGGAUUGAGGAACUGCUUAGUUUAAACUAGGAAGCACAUAUCUCUAAUCUCCUCACAGCAGUUCCAGAGGAGGAGCAGGGAGCAAGAGAGGUCAAGGCUUACAGUUACUCAUUCACACAAUGCUAAAACACAGAUUGGCGUUGCAUUCAAACUUUUGACCGUAGUCUGCUUAAAUACUAUUGAAAUCAAUGGCAUUUAAGCAGCUUCUGUGGAGGCUUGCAGCCUUCUGCAUUGUGUAGCCAGAGGAAAAUGGAGCUCUGGAAGGCAUUUCUGGAUUCCUGGGAAUGGCAGCUGAGUCCUGUCACCACUUGGGCUGGUAUUUAUCACAUCAUCAGACACAUGCAGUGGUAUGAAAACUGCAUGUGGAGGUCAAAAGAGGGGGAAAGCCCAUCUUGCAUAGGUCAGGGGCUUUUAAGUUAGGCUUUGCUUUAAUAUUGCUUUUUUGUAUGUAGUUUAGUUCUGUGAACAAAUGGGGGGGAUUGAGAUUUGAUUGUGAGGACUGGCCUAGUUUUGCAGUUUUUCAAAUAGUAGCCAUUACUGAAAGGCAAUUAAGAUUUGAGGAAUAACCUGUACACUCUCUCUUAAAUGGCAUGACUUCAUUAAAUUUAGUGUGACACAGUGGUCUGCAAUCUUAGUUUGGGAGGGAAAUAAGAAUGCAAAGAAUAAUGGCACAUGAUAGUACGCUGCAAACCAGAAAGUUAAGAAGUGCCUGGGGAGAGACAGAAAAGACAAGCGCAAAUAUAGUUUCUGUAGUGCCAAACAAUCGCCUGCCUUCUUUCUGUGCAUUUGUACAUAUCACUUCAUACUUUGAUACUGUUGUGACACUAUUAAUAUUUAUUGUAAUUGUUACAGCCAUCAGAGGACCUUUGUCCUGGAGGUGAUGGGGAGACACUGUGGGUACGUAUGUCUGCCAACACCACAUUUAGUUAAAAUUGCCGAAAUAUAUAGUUCACGUUCUCAUUUGGAUUUUCUGAUUUUGUUCUAGGUACCUAGCUCUUGUUAGUGCCUUAGCCUGUGGUGCAGAUUAUGUCUUUAUCCCUGAAUAUCCACCUGAGGAAGGAUGGGAAGAUCAUAUGUGUUCUAGGCUUUCUGAGGUAAUUAUUUUCUGCAGUGGCUUUCAAACUGUGUCCUGGGAUCUCUUAGUCUUCUUUGAAAGCUUACGAGGUUCCUCAAUGAAAAGAUCAGGGAUGGCCAGAAAGCUUUCAAUCCCGCAGUGUCCUAGGUAGAGCCAAAACGGAAGAAGUGUUCCACAGCAUUGUUUUCCUACUGUGAAAUUGUCCUCCUUUUUCAUCAUCUUUCCAUUUCCACCUAGUAAAGACCACCCACCCACCCAUGGGGCAGUGUAGAGGGAAGGCACAUCCAGGCUGUCUCAAAACAUUUUGGCACCUGAGGUGAACCACAAAAUGGUGUCCCCUUCCCUGCCAGGGAAGAAGGGGUGGGUGAAAAACUACAUCAGGAACCGGGGGGGGGGGUAAAUAUCUACAUUGGAAUCUGCUGCCCCUGUGGAUCCUGCCACCAAGGCAGUCACCUUGCCUCAUGGGUGGGCCGGCCCUGUCUAUGACACAUGUUCAGGUAGCAAGCAUCCCCUUGCCAGCAGGUACCUGGCAUUUAGGUGUGCAAUGACAGCACUGUCUUGUGAACUGCUUUGUCGUCCACCUGACUCUUAUCUUUGGUGCUAAUGUACAGAAUGAAAGGUAUUGCUAGUGUUGAGGAUUUAGACCUGAUCGGCUAUAAUCAGGGGUCAGCAAAAUUUUUCAGCAGGGGGCCGGUCCACUGUCCCUCAGACCUUGUGGGGGGCCGGACUAUAUUUUGGGGAAAAAAUAUGAACGAAUUCCUGUGCCCCACAAAUAACCCAGAGAUGCAUUUUAAAUAAAAGGACACAUUCUACUCAUGUAAAAACACGCUGAUUCCCAGACCAUCUGCGGGCCAGAUUUAGAAGGCGAUUGGGCCAGAUCUGGCCCCCGGGCCUUAGUUUGCCUACCCAUGGGCUAUAUGAUGAUGCUACUGUUGCAAGGAGGAAGGGUUAUUUGCCAGCAAGGCAAUCCACAGCUGCUGGGGUUGCCAGCAGUAAUGAGGUGGUAAAAAUGUGUUAGGAGGCAUUAUUUUUAUCCUGGUUUAGCAAGGUCUGUGGGGUGAUUAAUGUUCAUUUUCAAAAUGGUAACAACACAUUAAGUAAUUGUAAUAGUCUGAGAAGCUUUCAAGGUACAGCCCAGCUUUGAACUUCAGCUAUUUGCUGUGGUCUCAGACCAUGAGGCAGAUUUAAUGGCUUUUCUGCAUUUUUUUACCCUAGAACCGUGCACGAAAGAAAAGGCUGAAUAUCAUAAUUGUAGCAGAAGGUGCCAUUGAUUGCCACAAUCAGCCUAUAACUUCAGAGCAAGUUAAGGAUGUAAGUAUCAAGCUGCCAAUCAAAUAUUCUAUCAAGGAUAUACGUAACUGAAUGCUUCUCUUCCACAUAGUGUAAAGUGUGUAUCAUUUCUCUAUUAACAUAAUUAGCCUUUCUUUAUAUGGUUGAUUGCAUUUUAAUCAUUUCAGGCGUUACAAUAAGUAUUAUAUCUGUGUCCUUUAGUAGUAAUGUAAUCUUAGUAAUUAUGAUUAUAACCUAGCUGCUGCCUUUUAAAAGGCAUAAAGCAAACAUACAAAUACAAAUGAGUAUACUAUGUUAUUUGAGUAUUUUGUAGGACCUGGUCAAAACAUUCAAAACAAGGAGGAUGCCUUCAGUUCUCAGUGCUGAGCUGAUUUUUGUUAUCAAAUUAUAUCCAUUAUAUGAACUAAGUUUGGCACUUAUCAACUUGGCUACAAUCCCGGCAAUUUGAGCCUGCUCUAUCAUCAAGGCUUCUCAGAACAAACUGUUACACUGUUCAGCCAGACAGUGACCCAGAAGUGCUAUAAAAGGGAAGAAAAAUCUUCACUUUAAUGUGGAUUGGAAAAUAGUUCCAAGAUGAGUAAGAGGCUGCUGCACAAACCACACGGAGGCCAUAACAUACCUUGACAUAGUAGGGAUUUCUUCUGUGUUUGCAAGUGGGGGUGGGGUUGAACACACAGCCUUUCAAAAUUGUGUGGCCAUUCCCUGCUGCAUAUGCUUUACCUUUCCUUCUGCUGCCAACACAUUUAUACUUGUAAAAAUUCUUUUAAACCACCUCUGACUCAGAUGUAGAGCCUGGACUGUUUGGACUUUGCUUUCUGUCACCUCAGCACACUGCAAACUUUCAAGUGCUUUGUGUGGUUCCUUAUCUCUUAUCCCUUCUCCACUUCCUCACAAUGUAUAAAAGGGAAUGCCAAACAGGGAGAUCCCACAUUAGUUCAGAUAAAAGAUCUCUCUCUAACCCCAUAUACCAAAACCCCUUUCUGUAUCACUUUCUGCAUCCUGGGUUAAAAGAGAUCUUGCAUUCAGGCUUUCACUUCUGUACCUCAAGGCCUUGUCCCAAAGUUACCAUACAUGGAGGUAGGUGAAGGAUUAAUGCCCAAACAGUCCCACUAAGAUGUCCAGUCAAAGUCUGCAGUUACAGGGUCACCCAUUGUCAGGUUGUAAUUCUUAAUCUUGAUUGGAAAGAGGCCAGAUUCUCCAGGAAUCUUGCCCCACAAACAGAGCAGACUAUUCCAGUCCAUAUUCCAGUUCAGAAAGAAAAGUUUUCACAGAUCUGGAGUUAGGAGAGUACAGACUUGAUUGUAACAAGGAAUAGGACAUGACUGGGGUUUUUCCUUGCUAUUACUCCUCUGUAUAUAAUUGUAGAUAUUUUUACCUCAGCCUUGGAAGAUACAUCAAAAGUUAUUCUUUUGUUAGUGUAAUAUUUGCACACUAGAGUUAAGUAAUUCCAAAAUGUUCUACUUUAAUUAUUAUAGGUAACAGUUUUUCAGGAUGAAGCUAAACAAUAGUUUUUCAAAGACUUGAAGUGGGAGUAGUGGUGACAUCAUUGCCAGUGCUGUACACGUUUUUUAAAAAUUAUUCUGCUGUUGCUUCUAGUCAAACUGGUUCUGAAAUCUUGCCACCUUCACUUUUUAAAAAUACUUGCUUACAUAGGGAUCAAUUUUGCUUGCCUUAAGGUUAAAGGGAUUUGAGAGCAUUGCUCCAUCACUAUUAAAGAAUCCUAACUCUUCAUAAUCUUUGUAUUGUAUGCAUUCUUAAAGUUUAAAGCUAGGAUUUCCACCUACUGUUCAGGCACAAUAGUACCCCAGUGUGUUUCUGCAGCUGUUACAGCUCAUAAUCCUGUUAUCGUCUUUAACUUGACACUUUGUCUUUUUUGCAGCUUGUGGUGCAGCGACUAGGGUAUGACACUCGGGUGACUAUCCUUGGCCAUGUGCAAAGGGGAGGCACUCCCUCUGCAUUUGAUAGGAUUUUGGUAAGUAGACGCAGGCAGCCUGUGUGUUCAGCCCCUCUGUUUAGGGUGUGACAUAGUUCCUUGUCCUCAUUCAGAUUGUAGAACAGUCACAAAUGCCACUGGCUUUCUAGUAUAUGGGGUAGUGAGAAGAAGGUCAUACAUAAAUGAGCAAGUCAUGGAUUAAAAAUUGUACUCAGCCAUUAUGUUCUCUGGAUUUUGGACAAUAAGUAUCUCUCAGGAUAAAAUGAGGUAGAACCAUGUAUGUCACCCUGACCAAGGAGGACUAGGUAAUUCUGUAAUACACAUACAGCAUCUAACAUUGAAAUCAGUUUUCUGUCUGUCUCAUAAUUUCCCAUUGCGACAUUCCAUCAAAAUGGCUGGUCCAGAGGAAAUGAAGCCAUAGCAUAUGAGGUCUGCAUCUGACAGCCUUUAGCAUGGAGCUAGCCUUCUGAAGGGUGCUAUCUGACCACUGCUCAUUGUCUUCUCCAUAGGAAAACGGGGAGAAUGGAUAAGCAAUAUUUGUGGCAGUGGGGAUUGGACUUCUUUUUGCUCUAUUUCCUGCAAGAUUUGACCUUCCAACACAAUGAGUUGCUGAUCAGGGAAUAGCAUUGGAACUUCCAAGGACGUAUAUAGGUGCUUAGCAAAAUGGAAGUAGAGGCCAUAUAAAGAAGGAGACUCUUGAUCACCUAUGGAAUUAUGUACAUGAUUUAGGGGCUCUUUGCUUUCUCAUCUGUUCUGCAAUAGAUUUUAAAGCAACCUGUGGUCAUUUGUUCUUAUAGUAUUGUAAUAAUUAUCCCUCCCUAUUUCUAAUUCUGCAAAACUGUUCUAUACAAAGAACAUUCUGUAGAUGCUUGUUGGCAUGUAUCAAAGUCGGCAUAACCUUCAUGCAAAAUGUUCACAUAUGGUUAAAGGUUUCUUACAGAUUUCUUAUGUUUUUUUUAAUUCAUUUUCAGGCAAGUCGCAUGGGUGUGGAGGCUGUCCUUGCCCUUCUAGAGGGCACACCUGAAACUCCUGCUUGUGUGGUCUCCCUGUCUGGAAACCAAGCUGUCCGCCUGCCUUUAAUGGAGUGUGUGCAGAUGGUGAGUUGCUGAAAAGAAGCAGUUGUGUUUGUUCAUUGACACUCUCUUGUUGGUUAGCCAUCAAUAGUUGGUUGUUACUUGGAGCCUGGAAAGAUGUGAGCAGAACUCUUAUCCACGUUGGGCACAAUGAACUCCAGUCAUUCCUUCAGUGACAGUAACUGGGCUAUUUGUUACUGCCCCAUGAAUCUUGACAGCAAACAGCACUGCUUACCUUUUGUAAUGCAGAUGCCUUUAACAUAGUAGCUGCACAUUUAUAUUCACAAUGAGUCUCUUGCUAUCUAAACUCUCAUUUCUUGUGGCUAGUUUAGUUUAGUGACUACACAGUAACACCCACAUACCAUAAUACACAUACAUACCAAUGAGCUGCAUGCUGAGAUUAUUCUGGUUUCCCAAAACCUUCGCAAUAAUGUUCAAUUGAGGCAUUCUGUAUGUUGCAGUCUUAUAAUGCAUGAUUUGAGACCAUGAAGCUAAUAAAAUAUAGUCCUUUCCUGUUUAUUUCUGAUUUUAAAAUUUAUGCUUUAGCUUUCCCAGGCAUUGAAGUAACAUUGGCUGAAGUGCUGGGCUGGUUAAGAGUCCAAUUAUAUACAUGUCUACUGAGACACCAGUCCCAUUGAACUCAAUGGGGCUUAUUUCUAAGUAGACAGAUUGCAUUAUAAAUCCCACUGAAAUAAUUUGGAUUUACUAACCUGAGCAAGGCUAUAGCGAUUGUCACCAUUCAGAUCUACUUCAUAGCCUUCUAGCAUUGUGAUAGAUAAUAUCAUUUUCUAAUAAAUGAUGACCUUUUUUCUUCUUUAUUUCAAAAAGACCCAAGAUGUACAGAAAGCCAUGGACGGAAAAAGAUUCAGUGACGCUGUGCAACUUCGUGGAAGGUACUCCUCUGUUGUUUAUUUCUCUGCUGGCAGCAAUAACUUUUCUAAUAAAUCAUAGCUAAUUGUGUUAAGGCAGGCAUAGGCAAACUCAGCCCUCCAGGUGUUUUGGGACUACAAUUCCCAUCAUCCCUAGCUAGCAGGACCAGUGGUCAGAGAUGAUGGGAGUUGUAGUCCCAGAACAUCUGGAGGGCCGAGUUUGCCUAUGCCUGUGUUAAGGGAUUAUUUUUCACGGCUAAGGAACAGGGGGGAAUAGAUUCUUUUACUCUAGUUUCUAGUGUACACAUUUUAACCCCCCAAACCCUCCAAAGUUAUGUGACUAUUCUAGGCCAAUUCUAUACCGGAAAAGGAAUUCUACCAGUAUUAUCUCUGCAGAAUUUAAAAUGCCAUUUCAUCAGAAAUGGUGCUUGCAUUGCUUUUCGCAGUUCAUAGAGCACAUAAUAUUGAAUGCUAAGUGGGUAUCAGUUGUGGAGUUGCACAGGGAGGAGCAAAUGUAAUUUCUGAAAGAUUCCCUCAAAUGGCAAAUCAUAAGUGGUCAUUUGCCUGUCUUAAAUGUAUAUGAGACAUUUGUUGUUGUUGGCAUCUGUCUAUCUCAAGAGACAUGGGAGUGCGCCUCUGGAGGUGAAAUCAAACCGUUGAAAGCAGAGUGAAGAUAUUUCCCAUUCAGUCCUCUCCAAAAUAAAACAAGUUGCACGAGGGAAAAUCAUUCACAUUCCAUGAUUUGUAUCCAAUGAAGUUGAAGGGCUGAUGAUGGAAAGCACUGGUGGAAAUGGAGGAGUCUACCAGCCUAGCCAGGAAGCGGGGAAUUUUUCACCAGUUCCCCCUUCCACCUUCAGUCCCCUAAACCACAUCUCACAUUGUUCCAUUGGUUCCCAAGCCAACUAGAAGCGGAAUUGGUGACUCUGUCAGCAGAGCAACACCAAUGGCUACAACCUAUGUCUCAAAUACAAUCUACCAAGUAACAAGUAAAGAUAUAUAGUUACUAAAUGCUCUGAGUGACACUUUAGGAUAGAAAAAUACAUCUCGGUAUUCUCUAACAUUGUGAAAUAGCUUUAUUAUUCAGACAACAGCGUGAAAAUAUCGUUUUCUGUUGCAGGAGUUUUGAGAACAACUUGAAUACUUACAAGCUGCUGUCUACCAAAAGGACAGCUGCUGACCUUCCCAAGGUACUUCUUAGAUAGUUGUCAAGUUGUCUGGUUAAUUCCUCAUUCCUUUGUCCUUAGGGUGGCCAAUUAAGUGCAUCACCAAGAAAGGGCAUGCCAAUCUGCAUAAAAAUUGAAAAUGCUGAUGUAUAUGAAUUUAAAAAUAGUUGCUACAGUUUAAAUAGAAACACCAUCCUGCCCUUGUGGGGAAGACCUUUCUCCUUACUCAGUUUGCUGUCCCAAGAGCUAAUAAAUGGAUGGCUUACAGCAAACAUGCCAAUCUGUAGAUUGGCCCUUCCUCUUCCUCCUUAUGGUUCUUUAUACUUUUCUUGCUUUUCAACUGCUUUCAAAUAGAGGACUGUCCUCUGUGUAGUAGAAGACGCUACGUGUUUUGUUGAGAAAGCAUCUAAACACACACAGCAGGUUGUUCAGAAUUUUGAAAACGGUCUCCAUGGAAACAUCUGUGGACUAUGGACUUGUAUAUUGAGUUGAAGCCUGGCAGGCAGUGAUCUAAAUUUUGCUAAUACAGCAUUUUGUAAACAGUCUAAAUUUUGUAAACAUUGCCAUGUCUAUUUCCUUGUUUAAACUCCCAAAAUACAAUUUUUCCUGAAAGGUCUAGGCCUCUCUCAGAUAACCAAUUCCAUGUCUAGUUGUGAAAUUCAAAGGUGUACCUAACGAGAGGUACUGAAUGCAUCUAUAUACCACAAACUGUGUUACAGUGGUCUACCAGCUGGUCAGCUGAAAGUUAUUUUAAAACAAGGUUUUUUGCCCAGUGCUAAUGUAUGUCGGGAGAAAUGUACAUACUGGUUUUGCAAAAUGGCACAAUAAGUGGGAAAUAUCUGCAGCUACAGUUUUACUUUUAAAUCUUUCUGUUUUCUUUAACAGGAUGAUAUUUCAUGUAGCGUAUGUAAAAAAUAAACAAAGUGACUAACCUUAGCAAGGUCUUUUGCUUGCUAGGUUGGCAGGCUCUAUUAUUUUUGCAUGGCAAUGGGAUUUGAUAUAUAGUUAUUUUUGUUUUUCGACUGUGCACUUUUUUGCUUAAAGCUGGACAACCAGUAUGCUCUUCAGUUUUGCCACAACUUUGAUUUACACCAAGCGUAACUUUGCAGAAGCUUUAAUAGAGCGCAUAAGACGUGCUUAUUGUGAAGUUGAAAGAAUUCUCCAGAAAAUGCAAAAGGUCCCCAUUUAUUGUCAUGGUGAAAAGGUAGAAAAAUGCCAUGUAUUUCAAGAAUCGCUUGAAAUACCACAUGACUUUUAUACCCCUCAUUUUCAGUUCCACUAUUUUUAUAUGACUUGGCAUAGGCAGACAUGGUCCUCCGAAAAUACCCCUUGUUGUGAGGCCUCCUCAUUUUCCAUACAAAAAGUGACAUAAAUGGCUCCACGUGAGGCCUGGCAUACUACCAGACUCUCCAAUAGGGCUGCCAUUUUUGUGAUUAAGAAGGUAGAAUGAGCAUGAGCAGGUUGUGUUUUAUUUUCUGCUUUCUGAGACUCAUAAGAGGCAGAUCAUACAUUAAAAUGGCCUUGAAGUGGCUCUCAUUUUUCAUUUAUGCCACAGAAGCUGGCAGGUUUAGGAGAAUUCCAGCCAUUCUUGCAACAUUUGCAAGCAUGAAUUAAUUAUCAGAGACUGUGAGAGCCAUAGGGAAGGAGGGAUUAUAAGGGAACCAGAUUUCCAGGGAGGCACUCCCAACAUAAGCUUCUUUCUUAGAAAGUACAGGAGAAAGAUUCUUCAGAAACAUGCUCUUUGUUGAAAUGCUGUGCAGAGGUGGGAAUAAGGCCUCAGUCAGAGGGGUGAAAUAUAGGCCUGUGCUUUCCAAGAGCCCAAAUUUUCUCUCAAGGGGGCUGGUAAUUGCCGAUUUAGUCAAUUGUCUAGAUAAGAGUAGACUAGCCUCCUUAAAGACAUGCUCCUUAAAGACAUGCUCACAUUCCAAACUGCUAGGUUGGCAGCAGCAGGGGCCAAGCAAUGGGAGCUCACCCCGUCACGGGGAUUCGAACUGCCGACCUUCUGAUCGGCAAGUCCUAGGCUCUGUGGGAUCAGCAAGUCCUAGGCUCUGUGAUUUAACCCACAGCACCACCCGCAUCCGCUCAUGACAGUUUAUCUGAAAGCAAAAGAGAUGAUAGUGGUGUUCUGUUGAUCAGCAUUUUGAGUACUUAGGUUACAGAACUACAACCAAUAAUUACUUCAUUAAAUUUGUUUCCACGAGAAUGUGGUGCUUCCUUGAGGGCAGUAGAUGAAGAAAUUAAACAUCAAUCUGAAAAUCAAAAUCUUGUAAUACAGCAUAUAACCCAUUGUGACAGACUGUAUUCUCCUCAAGAGGAUUGCUUGUGGCAAUUGUGUAGUUUGAAGUUUGUAUUUUUACGUUGUGAAUUGCCCUGCGAUCUUCGGAUGAAGAUGGUAUACAAAUUUAAUAAAUAAAAAUAAAAUUCAUGUUCUACCUUAUGUACACAUCAAAGGUGCUUAAAAGGUGCUAGAAUAAUGUUAUAUCCCACACUUGAGCAACCUAUAGGCAGAUGGUAUGGCAAUAGUUUUAUAACGCUGAAAAGAGUGGUUGUCAAAUGCCAAACUGAUAGGGUUCUCAGAUACUUUAAAACAUUGUUAGGUGCUGGCAAUAAUGAAUCAAUCGCUUGUGCCAUAGCUCAACACAAUACGGCAUGUGGCAUCACAUACUUUGGUUGCAAUGGGCCAAGGAACAACAUUGCACAAAAGCCAUGUAUGCAUGCAUAUGGUUAUUUGGGUUACAAUUCCUAUUCUGUAUAAAUUUGUUUCUGUAUGCAAUGCAUGUGCUUGUUUCUCUAUGCUGUGUUAUUGUUAUGCCAGAAUCUGGACUGGAUAGUUCAAUGCCUCACAUUUUAAUUUGGACCUGCUGCUGAUUGCAAAUAACUGAAGGCUCCCUGAGUGCUAUGAAGGGUUGACCCCACAAUCUAAGAUUAGUUUUAAAAUUAAGUUUUAUAUAAUGUGAUGGGGUUCAGAAGGUAAGGUGUGUGUCUUGCUUUCAUUUGAUGCACUUUUAUAUUUUUGUCACUGGAUGUUCAGAUUUACCGCUUGAUGAUUCCUUUUUCCUGCCAUGGGGUUUAUGUUCCUGACUAUAUUUUCUCUCUCUUCUGCUGCAGACUAACUUCAAUGUAGCUGUUUUAAAUGUUGGUGCUCCAGCAGCUGGCAUGAAUGCUGCCGUUCGCUCUGCCGUGAGGAUCGGUAUAACCGAAGGACACAAAAUGUUUGCUGUCACUGAUGGAUUUGAAGGCUUUUCUAGAGGGCUGGUUCGUAUAUACCAAAAAUUGUAUGGGAAGUGUUCCAGUUGCUGGAAAUCACAGGAGGGAAAAGAGUUAUUGUGCUCAGGGUCUUGCCUGAAGGUUUCCCACAGGCGGCUACUGUGAGAACAGGAUUCUGGACUGGAUAGGCCACUGGUCUCAUCCAGCAGACCCUUCUUAUUUUCUUUUUUUAUUUUUGUUUUAACUUGCCCUCUGGCAGGCCCCCAUAACUUAAUUUUCCAGCUUUCAAAAUGCACUUUCAUACAAAGAUUGCAAUUCAAAGAAACCAGAGCUAGGUUUUCCACUGAUAGAUACUAUGCAAUGGGAAUGGAGAAGAGAGGGUCCUCCUUGGGGAGAACAUAUGUUGACUGCAGAGAUAAAUUUAAUGAAAUUUGUUAUGGGAGGGGUGUUUGUGAGGUAUUUUUAGAACACUAAACACAAGUGACCAACACCACCAAACAACACGGAGCAGGAGUCUUGUUAUGACAGAUGGAUAUUGCGCAUCUCCCAUAGGAGCUCUCCUCAUAGAGGCAGUUUCAAAUAUAGUAAAAGCAUAACGGUUUGAUCUAUUUUUGCUUGGAUUGCAGCUAAUUCUACCCCCGUACGUCUAAAAAAAUACCCUUUAAAUCUUCUUGAAGAAGAAAUGAUUAACUAUGUUUACAUGAAGCGUUUGCUUCUUUGAUACUUCCUGAGAAAUCUUCCAUAUCAGAUUCAAUAUAUUUGGUCUCAAGGGUAGCUUUGAAGUGACCUUGGCAAGAGGCCAUAUUUGGCAGUUUGCCUAUCCCGGAAUAGCUGUGGGAGUAUGAAAUCUAUGGAGAUAAGAAUACACGCUAGAUAACUAUUUCUGAAAUUAUAUCACAAAAUCUGUUGUGUUUGAUUCUUGUUUCUCAGUUGUGGUGGUGUUUGUUGAAUGCUGCAUUUAUAGUGUGCCCAGUGCUGGGACUCCUGAUGCGGCAUGUUUAUGAGUCUAUAAUAUAUAUGUUAUUAUUAUAAAUUGUUCAAAAUAAAUCCAGAUUGCCUCUUUGUUAAACAGGUAGAAAUUAGCUUGAACAUUUCAGAGCAUCUCUCAACUGCAUCACAUUGUGACACUUCUUAGGACUGCAGAGUGGUAGUCAACUUAAGUUUUACUCAGAGUAGAUCUAUUGAAAUUAAUGGACCUUUCAUUUCAGUGUGUCUUCUCUGAAUAAAACAUAAAUUAAUACCACCUGCAAAAUUUCAUUCCCAAACCAUUGACAAGUUGCUUUCCACCGUAAGGAGAGACCAUUGCUCAAAAGUACUAAAAAUAUAAAUUUAUCUGUAACUUUUAUUAUUAUUUUUAUUUAUUGAAUUUAUAUACUGCCCUGUACCUGGAGGCCUCUUGUAAGAAUCCAUUUGGACUUCUAUUUUGUUUAACCCAUUAGAUAAAGUUAGAGCUGAGCCAAAAUUUAUCAGAAGACAUUUUUCUGAGAUUUUUCUUUUUCUGAACCCCCUUUACCCCGCAAAAAAAAGAAAGCCACUCCAAAUGUUCUGUGCCAUAUUUUUGUUGGAGCCACCAUUCUCUGUCCCUCCAUGUCCUUGAACGUCACUAGAUCUGGGGCUUUGUGGAGGACACAAAAUGGUGGCCAGACUACCAGCACAGUUAGCACUUGCAACAACAGCAAAACACACACACACACCAUUGUGGGAGUGGAGAGAAAGAAACUGUGCUGCUGCCAUUGCUAAUACCGAGCCACAUCUCGGAGAAGCUGUCACCAUCUUUAUCUUCCCCCUGGAAAAAUGUGUUGAUUUCCCCAGUUUCUCUGCUCACAGAGUGGAGAAUAUUGAGAGGCCAUCUGCACACGAAAAACAUCUGAAGGAGUGCCAGAGCCCCGUGCCACAUUCUGUGACCUGCCACUGUUUUUGUUUCUCUUCUCAUAUUAAAGGAAUGCAAUGUUUUUGUGCAAUUGUUCAGGACAGAAGGUGUGUAGGUCUCCCUAUUUCAUUAGAUGGUACCCUGGUCUAUUAUCCUCUCUGGAAAAGUGGAAGUUGAAAACUGAACUGCAAGAAACAUUGGUUUGGACCCGCUGUACAGUGUAGUGCUGAACGAAGUUAACUUUUGUAUCCAUUGCAGAAAUGACCUAAAAUGUGUAUCUAAACUAAGGCAUAGUAAUUCAAAAACUAUGUCUUUUUUGUUUUGAAUGAUAGAUCAAAGAAAUCAGCUGGGGAGAUGUUGGAGGUUGGACUGGCCAAGGCGGGUCAAUUCUUGGCACAAAACGGUAAUGUGAUCUUUCAUACUGAUAUCUUUGAGAAAAUUAACUUUCACUUGUGUGUGUAAUUUAGUGUGAAGAUUUAUAUACAGACUUGAUGCAGCAGUCAAUAAAGGGGAAAUUUUUGUGAACAUUGCUAAUGCAGACUUUGGAAGAUCAUAGGGGCUGCAGAGCGAGAGAAGAGGACUGUGAAGUCCCAUUUCUUGAGCAGAUCUGCUCAUGCAGCAUUGGAUUCUGCCUCAUAGUUUUAAUUAAUGCUUAUUAUAAAAAGGGAGAGAAGACUUGCUUAAUGGUGUGAUAGAAGGACCUUCUAUAACUUGAUCCUGAAAUUUAAAUGUUUUUACCUCAGCAUGUAUUAUAGAUAUUGUAAAGGGGAAAAUAGAAUUUUUUUAAGGAACAUAAUUAAUUUGCAGUUACAUUUUUUAUGAGGCAUAAAGUGUGUGUAGGUCAGACAAUGUCAACCAGUCAUCACAGGAAGCAAAGGUUUUUCACAAAGUGCUAUAAUGUAAUAGUUUAGAGAUUGGGUGUAACCUUCAAAAGUAAGAUGUGGAAAAACACUUAGUGUAAAAAAUUAUAGUCCCUUUUAAUCAUAUAGCCUUAAGUGCCCUGCAAAAAGCCUUUUUAACAGAGAUGUGUAUAUAUUUUAGUGCACUCCCUGGAAAGUAUUUGGAGAAGAUUGCAGAACAAAUGCGAACUCAUAACAUCAAUGCCCUCUUGGUAAUUGGUGGAUUUGAGGUAUGUCACUUUGUUUUGUUUCCCUUGUGAAUUCUUGUUAAAUGAGCAUAUAACAGCUGAAACAUUGUAGUCAACGAUUAAUGCUAAAAUUUAGAUUCCAGUAAGACCAGCAAGAUUAUUUAAUUUAAACCUAACCAAUCAGUUCACAAGGUUCCAAUAUGUUAAAUGUCUAGAUAUUAACUAAGUUACGUUGCAGUUAUGUAGUAGGAGUUGGAACUCUAUGUGCGGUUUCUAUUUUCAUGUUUCUUAUUAUGCUUAGAAUUAUGCAGUGGGUAUUUUUUUUAAUGAAUUGCAUUUAAUGAAUCUUCCCACAGCAUGGUGCCAAUUCUGAAAGCCAAACUCCUGUUCAGGAGUCCAACUUUCCUAAACAUGGCUUUCAUAAACCUGUUAUUUAAUCAACAUUAUUGAUAUACUGAUGUCAUCCGUGUAGGAUUGGGGGUGGGGACCUUAAAUUUGUAAGAUUUUAUUCUCUGUGUUAUACAAUACUUGGAGGAAUGCUUAGAUGUAUUUACAGUAUUAUGUUGUAUGUUGUCUUAUAUAUUCUGUUUUGGCCUUUCCUAGUGUGUCUCUGUGGCUGGCAAUAGAUAGUCGUUUUCAAGUGCAUUGAGAGAGAGGCUUCACUUCCCAUCUAGUAGACAUUUGUUUCUGUUCUACUAACAUCUGCAGUGAAACAGAAUUUUGAAACGUUGCGAAAGCCUGUUUACCAAAUGUGUCAUGAGCAGUGAUUCCCUCUUUCAAAUCACUUUUGACUCUCUGGAAAAAACCAAACAAACCACUAUUUCCAGCAUGUGUGUGUUUGUGAUACAGUAAUCAAACCCCUCUGCCCAAACCCCAUCCAUGUUGCAAGCCUUGUCCUCUUGUUGUCCCCUCUAAUUCUGCAUUCGUUACCACAUGUGCCCAUCAGGCCUACUUGGGACUUUUGGAACUGUCCGCUGCCCGGGAGAAAUUUGACGAGUUCUGUAUUCCCAUGGUUAUGGUUCCUGCAACCGUAUCCAACAAUGUACCGGGUUCUGAUUUCAGCAUUGGUGCAGACACUGCUCUGAACACUAUCACUGAUGUAAGUUUCUCUUCUCUUGGUGCAUGCUCACUAACAUAGCUAUCCCAGGUGCUGCUGACCACGGCUAGAGCUGGAGACUUUUGUGAACCAGAACGCCCCCAAAACAUGAUUGUGGCAGAAACGAGGUGUAAAUACAUGUGCGUGCACGCACACAGAGAGAGAGAGAGAGAGAAAGAAAAUUUUUUUGAUUAGCCCAUCGAUUUCAGAAAGUUUGUAAACUACAUUUUUACUUUAUUCAUUCAUUCAUACAAAAAUUAUAUUGCACCUUUCCAAAAAUUUGAUCUUCAAGGGUUUUUACAAAUACUUAAAACAAUGUAAAAACAUAUAAUAAUGGAUCCAGUCAGAAAAUAGCAGCGAAGACAGAUAACGAUUAAAAGCUCAGAGUUAAUUUGGCAUCUAAAAGAUUGAAAUUAUGAAUGGUUUUAGUUAAUCAUCACUCUUUGGCUAUUUACUCUCUGAGGAUAGAAAGAAAUCUGUUUAUUUCCAUCACACCUCCAAUGUGCUUGUGCACAUCUGUGUGACUUAAAUUCAUGGCUAGCAUGCUCAGGAUUUCUGAUGGAGGAUUUACCUUUUUAAACAGAAUUUUCUAUUUCUGUUGCAAAGCAGACUGCUGUCACAUCACUGGAAAAUAAAUACACUGCUGCUUCCCCAUCUCCAAGGGCACUUGGUGUAAAUUUUCCUCAAGCAGCCUCUUUUCUCCAUUCUGUUUGGCAAACUGCUCUUUCUGGUGUCUCCAAAACAUUUUAUGAUUUGUCAUAAAUCUGCUUUUACAUGUGUUGAAAGGCAGAGCAUCCCUGAGCAACAUGCAGUGAGCUAUAUAAAUCUUUAAAGAACCCUGUAAAAUUUGCAUGUUUGAUUGCAACAGGUUUCAUAGGUGCAAGCCUGCUUUAUUAGAUAAAAAAAAAACAAAAAACAGAGACACCAAGAGCUCAAAGCAGUUCUGCUGUUUCCUGCUUAUGUCAUUCUUGGCAAUUAAAGUUUCCUUCCUCACAAGACACUUAACGUAUUUCCAGUUCUGGUACAUAACAUUCUCCACCUCUAGUUUUAUAGGCAAACUAAGGUGAGUAAUGGUCUCCUGCAUGUUUCUUGUUAUCCUCUCUGCUUCAUGGAUUUUCUUGGGACCUGUAGAUUACUUUUCUGAAAGAAAUGGUUUUUCCUUCUUUUGCAUUAUACUCAAAAUGCAGAUGUCACCAAGUUGGACUAGACUGUAGGUAGAUGGUAGUUUCUACAUUUCUUUCAGUAGAAGCUGAACCAUCUUAGAAUCGCUGUGGCUUCUAUACAAGGGAAGCAUUGUGGCUGGUUUAGCAUUUAUUUUCUUCGGUCAGUAGUUCUCAAAUGGUAUUCCGGUGGUGGUAAGGAAUAGAGAUUUCUCACCACUGUGAUCUUCUGCUACCACGUUCAGCCACUGAGUAUUAUGGAAUGCAUACUCCGUUUCCAACAGGUACAGCUUGCUCCACACAGGAACUGACCAUGUGCCCUAAAGAUAACUCAGAAUCCUCUGCAACCUGGAAGAUGUUGAUGAAGAAAGGAAGUUCUAAAAACACUGGCAUAUAUAUUGCUUCCAGAUGGAGGUUUAGCUUUCAAGCUUUUAUUUUUGCCUUGGGCAUCUGCCCAUCAGGCUGUCACCUGUUGUCCAAAGUCAGGAAGUGCAACAUAGUUGAGAAUUGCAAUGUCGUUACCUGUUCUCACCUGUCCUUUCCUGUCUUCAUCUGAGAUUGUUCUCUCCCAGUCCUCACUGUUACAUUUGAUUUUGUGAGAUCUUAACCUGUCUGUCCUUUUGUCCAUUUUUCUUCUCUCACCAUUCUUUUCCCCUCAGUUUCUCUGUCCUCCAUCUUGUUUCCUUUCUGCUUCCCUCUCUGUCUCCUUUUCUCACUCCCUGCAGCCAUCUUGGGCUCAGGAGUGCUUUUUAAAAAGACAACUCUAGUUUACAGCCACCUCUUUCUGCUCAUCUGCCUCCUCCACUGUGGUGGCCGCUCUGUUGAAGGCCACUCCAGGCCACAACUGAUCACCAGUUGAGCAAGUCUUACUGCCCAAGUGAAAUGGCUUGUAACCUUGGGAAUAAAGUUACCACGUCAUGUUGGAAUUUGUAACAGUAAGCAAUGUGAAAAUUAUGUGUGUUUGGAGGUGUACCCUGAACAUUAGGAAGAGCUCAGAUUAAAAUUGAGUACAAUCCCAUGGCCUGAAAUUUUGAAGGAGAAAAAUGUUCAAGAGGGAUGAGAGAUUGUAGAAAGUGAAAUACUGAAGUCAUAGUUGCAAGCAUUUCCAAGGAGGAGAGAAAAUGGGAGACAUCUAAAUAAUUCAUUGUGGCUGUGCAGGGGUAUGGAGAUGGAAGGAAAAGCAUUUAACUAAGGGCAAAUACAGUAGAGUGGCUUGAACCCAUAAGGACUGUGUCAGGAAGGCUAAAUCUCAGAAUGAACAAAGGCUUCCAGGGGUUUCUGAACACAACAAAAAUGGAUUCUGUGUUCAGAACAAGAAGGUCAAGAAACAAGCAAAUUGCCUGUUUAGGAAAGGUGUUGAAGUAUUAACAGAGGGUGGAGAGAAGGUGGAACUACUCAACUCCCAUUUCAGGAAAAGUUAGACAAAUGAUAUAUGGAUGGAUUUGCAGUCCAAGAUAGGUAAGGAAAUAGCUGGAGAAGAGAACACAUAACAACUUUAAAUAAGUUGAUGUCUCCAGGGUCAGAUGAAGUACAUCCAAACGUGCUGAAGGGGCUUGCAGAGUUUAUUUCAGAACUGCUCUCUGAAUCUUUGAGAAUUCUUGGAGAAUGUUUGAGAGCCUGGACAGAGACAAACGUACCUAUUUUCAAAAAGGGGAGGAAAGGUGGAUCUAGAAAACCACAGACAGUUGGCUUGAUGCUGAUACUGGGCAAAACUCUAGUCUAGAACAUAUUAUUAAGCAGUCCAUCUGUGAGCAUCUAAAAAUGAAUGCACUGAUUACUAGGAGCUUUCACAGGUUUAUCAAGAAUAAGUCCUGCCAGACAACCGUCUCUCCUUUACUGAUAGAAUGACUACUUUGGUAGAUCAUGGGAAUGCCAUGGACAUAGUAUAUCUUGAUUUCAUUUUGUUGGCUGAACAAAACUACUGUCAAGCAGAUUCACAACUGGUUGAACACUUGUACCCAGUGCACGCUUCUUACUGGCUCUGUAUCAAACUGGGUAUCAGUAUAGUGAUAUGUGUUAGUGUUGGACCUCGGCUAGGGAGGCUGGGCUCAACUCCCUAUUCAACCAUCAGGCUCACUGACAGUUACAAGUUGACAUACCUUACAGUAUUGUGUGGAUAAACUGUAUCCACAAUACUUCACGUAUGCUAGCCUGUGAUCCUUGGGAGAGCGGAUUAUGUUUGAAAGCUUAAAUGUAUAAUACAAUAAAUCUCCUUCAAACUGAUUGUCAAAUUCUUGGCUUGUUAGUUCACUAAAUGUAGGAGCUGGUCUCCACGUUAUGCAGAAGGAGUUGGUGGAAAUUAUGGACUGUGGAUAGCUAUGUUCUUUAAUGUGUUCUUUCAAAAACAAAAACAAAAUCCUACCUGCACAUCAAGGUGAUUGUUAUGCUAACCCUUUCUGUUUGACAUAUAAGUUUUCUACAAGUUCUUCUUCCUCCUUUUUCUGAUUCGGGGGAAUUAAAAAGUUAUGAACCUAUCCAUAGAAUCCUGUCACCACAUUCUGCAUAACAUGUGUAGUCCAGUUUUUUUUAAAAGGAUUCUUUAUAGGAAGGGUUUUUCAAAUAUUAAGUAUGCCUCUUCAGUACACUUGAUGUUUCUCAGUCACACAGACUGCUACUCUGCCAUGACAGAGCAGGAAGCAGCAAGAUCAGUGUGGCACAUAACAGUCUAAAUGCAUUAAGUGCAAAAGAUAGACUAUAAAUUUGAAUGAGUUUUUUACAUUUAAUUUGCAGAUUUAUAAAUAGCUUCACAACCAAAAGUUAACAAACAGGAUAAAAUAAGAUAAAAUGCAAAAGGCUACACACUUUGUAAACCGAAGACAACGAAACCAUUUCUAAAAUCACACAAUUAGUAAAAUAAAAGGACUGAGUCAGACUUCAUAGGAAUCCGUCUUAAACACAAAUAUCUUGAUUAGCUGCCCAAAUGUCAAAAUACUCAGGGCUGUCUGAUUCCAGUUAGUAACUCAUUCCAGAAGGCUGGAUCUGCAACACUAAAAGCCUGCUUUCUAGUGAAUACAGUACAAUGCAGGAGUGUAGUUGACAGGCACUGUUAUUUGGGGAAGGCAAUCAUUUAGGUCACUUUGUCCCAAGUUGUUUAGGGGUUUUAAUGCUAAAGUAAAUCCUUGACUUGUGGUAGGGUUGCCUAUUGGCACCCAGUACAGUUCCCUCAUCAGAUGUUAUACGGUGUGAAUGGCAUGUCAGAGCCAGCGACCUAGUUCUGCACCAGCUGCAGUGGGAGAUUUAGUGCCUAUACUUCCGGGAGAAACUUCUUUGAGAGGAAUGAAUGAAUAAAAUAGAACUACAUGGCCAAAAUCUGAAGAUUUUCAGCGCUUGAUAGAACACUGCUAUAUAAAAAGUUCAGUCCUGUUAAGUUAGUGGUUGCAUCAUUCAGAAGUAAGAAUUUAAAUGCAUCUUGUCAGGGAUAAAUGCAUCUUGCGAUAGUGCUGCUCUUGACAGGCCUUCACCAAUCUGCUUACCUUUUACUUUGGCCCUCUCAUGUGGCCUGUGUUCAGCAUUACAUGAGAAACACCCUGUCCCCUUGACUUUGGAGAUAGAAGAAGAGUUGUCUCAUGUCGUACUUUGCUUUGGCAAGCCUUGGCCUGCUCCUCAGCCCAGUGUGAUGAUAUGACUGUCCCUAGCCUCUCUGGCAUGUACAGAAAACUGGAGAGGAAGAUUAGUAGCGCCCACAAAUGAUGGCCGGCUAGUAAGCUGUGCCUAGCUUCUUCUGUGCUCCUAAUCCAUUUUGAAAGCUGAGUUUGACAAGCAGGGUAUAAAUAACCUAAAUGGUUAUUUUCCUUAACCUUUCAGAAAACAGAACCGUUGCUAAUUUCCUUUACUACUAAAUGAUUUCAGUCUUUCUGUGCUUUCCACGUUCUGCUUGUUUCACCUUUCUAACUUCUGCCGAUCUUUCUUCUGCACCAAUGCAGACCCAGCAACCUGUGGUGGGUCUACACGAGCAAAACCCUUCUUAAAAUCACCAGCUUGGGAAGUCUUUGCACCCUCGGAAAGUCAGACCUUCCAUUGCCAUGCACAAAGAGCCACUAGCAUAACGCCUAAUCAGUAACUAUGCAAAGCAAGAGCACCAUGUGUGUUGCUUAUCAUUCCUUGUACCACCACUUCAGGCCUUCGAUGGCUGCCUGCAGUUAUUUGAAGCACGGCCCCGUUUUGAGGAGUUUUGCAUUCCUAUCUGCAUUGUGCCUGCUACUAUUAGCAACAAUGUGCCCGGCACUGACCUCAGUAUCGGUGCUGACACUUCCCUGAACGCCAUUGUAGAGGUAAGACGGAAAAUACUUAAACCCAUGUCUGCAAGAUGAAAGAGAAGAAAGGUUUCCCUUUGGUUUUAUGCCACUAAGUUAUUGGGGCUGAAUCAAAAUUGUGGUUUCAAAUUCUGAAGGUCACUGCAUCAAAACUCAUGAAAUUUAGCCAGGAUCCCAUGCACCAGAUCUCUUCAACAAGAUCAGCCCAUAAAAUGCAGGUGCUGGUAGACAGGAACAAGUAGGAUGCGCCAUAGGUUUGUGCACAGGAAGAACUCAAAAUGCCAGGUUAUGCUCCCAACUGUCAAUCAUUUUAGCUCCCUAAUUUUUAGUUGCUUUAACUAUGCGGUUUUGGAGCAGAAAGGUGGCACGAGCAUUUAAUUGCAACAAAUAUUAUUAUUACUAUUAUUACUAUUACAUCGUCAUCAGUGAUUUUUUGGGGGGGAAUGGUGCUGGUACUCACCAUGAAGUUGUUACAAUAAGUGCCACACUUGUAACAUUUGGAGAGAAAACAGUGUUGGUACUGCAUAUAAAUAAUAAUAAUAAUAAUAAUUUAUUAUUUUUACCCCACCCAUCUGACUGGGUUUCUCCAGCCACUCUGGGCGGCUUCCAAGAAAAGAGUAAAAAUACAUUAAAACAUCAGUCAUUAAAAACUUCCCUAAACAGGGUUGUCUUCUAAACAUCAGAUAGUUGUUUAUUUCUUUGACAUCUGAUGGGAGGGUGUUCCACAGGGCAGGCGCCACUAGCGAGAAGGCCCUCUGCUCGAGUACCCCUAGAAUAAGCUGCUGUUGUUGUUGCUGUUAUUAUUAAAGAUACUUCCUUUGUGGUUGCUAUCCUCCAGGAAUUCAGAAGAGUGUUGUAAGAUCAAAACAGAGAUGUUAGAAAGGCACAGUCUCCUACAGCUGAAAGCAGUGUUCUUUAACCUUUGGUGGAUCACAGCUCCCAUCAUCCACAAGCCAAAGAUGAUGGGAGUUGGGUUUCCAGAUGUGGGUGAGUUACAAGGUUGAAGAGCACUGAUCCUAGAGGCUAGGGCUGCCAGCUGCGCAUCAAACUCCCUCCUUAUGGAAGAGGAAAGAUGAGCCGGCACAAAGACAGGUGCUUUUGAUGUUCUAAAUAAGUGGCCCUGUGGUGCCAGGUUGGGGGGGGGGGUUGCAUUCUAGGGACAAUCAAAACCAUGAGAUCUUCUCCAGGUGGAAGAGAAAACUCUGACUUCAUAGAGGGCAGUUCUGAUGUUGGAUUCCCAUUGUCUGCAGUGCGAAAUUUUCCAGUGUCACAGCUCCAGAUGGUGAUAGGGGUGAGAAGGAUAUAUGUGCUGAGGUUGACCAGGUGAAGGCUGGAUGAUGAUGAUGAUGAUGAUUUAUUGAAUUUGUAUACAGUGGUACCUUGGUUUGCAACCAUUUUGGAUUGCAACCACAUCAAACCCUGAAGUGUGUGUCCCUUUUUUAUUAUUAUUACAACCCAUUUUGGGGGGAUUGCAACCCAUUUUUGGGGGGAGGCCCCAUUGGCGAAGUCGCACCUUGGGUUACAACCUGUUUUAGUUUACAACUGGACCUCCGGAACAGAUUGUGGUUGUAAACCAAGAUAUCACUGUACUGCCCCAUGCCCAGAAGUCUCAGGGCGGUUCAAUCUGAAGGACACAACACUUUGCCACUCCUCCAACUCUUUCAAGCCAGCCCUGAAGCUGGUAUAGCUCAGUCUCUUUUAUUUACUUGGAGGGAAAUGUUUUGUUCUUGAAACAUAAGAAGUAUGGAGGUGCCCAAGAGCAUUUCCACCUUGCUGCAAGAAUCUUUCAGAGCACUGGGUAUGCUAGAUGUACCACCUUCAAUUCUCUCCCUUCCCUGCCCAAGACACAUGGUCCUAUGAAACAGGCAGUUGAAGAAACUGUUAGUUAAUAUUAUGACAAUAUAUAUCACAUGUCAGGCUAUUAAGUUACCCAACUGAUUGCUUUAGAAGGUAGUAAAGUGUAAGUAACAGUUCUAUCUGGAUCCAUAUAUUAUAAAGUAUAUAACGUCUGUUUCCUUGCAAGUUAUAUACACUUUAUUUCCAUGAACGGAACAGUGUUUCUAGAAUGGGCCUUUCCUGCUUUCCUUUGCUACAUUUACCCCCAAAAUCGGAUCUGGAAGGUUGGGGGAUAUAUUGUAUUUUGGGGAGGGGGCUGCAGAUGAAGGGGAGAGCAGUUGGAAAUGGUCGUCUAUCUUAUAUGUACUGAAGAGCAACUUUGGAUCUGGAAGCACAAUGUUAGCCAUGCUUACUCAGAAGUAAGUCCUGUUAAAGUCAGUGAGGCUUACUUCCAAGAAUGUGGGGUUAGGAUUGCAGCUCAAGCCCUUGUCAUUAGAGGGAAAAGACUUGAUCUCAGUCAUAGCUUAUGUUGAAAUCUAAGAAUCAAGAGGAGUCAUGGAUUUUUGCUCCAGAAAAACGGCAUUUGUAAGAUUUUCUGAAAAAAACUACUGGUUUUUUUAUGCCAAGUUUCACCUAAUAUUGUGUGAAGCAUUGCAGAUGACAUGUGAAAAUCUCAGAGAAAUGUUUCUGAACUAAUUAUUUUUAGUUCUCAUGGUGCAUCAUAAAAACAAAGCAGUUGUGCUCCGAAUGAUACUAAAAUAUCAUCCUUAAAGGAUGGUGAGCACUUUGGUUUGAAAGUCACUAAUAGACCAUUCUUUGCUAGACAUGCGACCGAAUCAAACUGUCGGCAAGUGGGACAAAGCGACGUGUGUUCAUCAUUGAAACUAUGGGCGGCUAUUGCGGCUACUUGGCAAAUAUGGGUGCCCUCGCUGCAGGAGCUGAUGCUGCAUACAUCUUUGAAGAGAAAUUUGAUAUUCGAGAGCUCCAGGUAUGCAGAUCCUAUAUUUUACCUAUUGGCUACCUCGGGCUCCAUUGGGAGGAAGGGCAGAAUGUGGACUGAACUCAGUAAGUAAUAAUAUGUAAAUUCAAUGUCUGUGGAGCAGGUAUAUCAACAGAUUUAUCACUGGCUGAUGGCUCAAUGCUGCAUAUGAGAACUCUUCUCUCUUGACUAGAGUUGCAUUAGGAGUGAUAUAAAGUAAUGGGAUUUCUGUCUGGCAGGCCACUUUAAGGAUGUGCACAAAGCAAAGGUUAGCAAAGCAAACCUUUGUGCACAAAGCAAAUUUACAUCACUUGACUCACAGUCAUAAAUGAUGCAUUCUUUUUAGGCCAACGUGGAACAUUUGACUGAAAAGAUGAAAACCAGCAUUCAACGUGGUUUGGUGCUGAGGUAAGCUGACUGCUCACUAAAGUGCACUGUAAAAGGAAGUUAAUUUGUUGUUGGGAUGGUACUUUGGAUGGGGAGAGGAGAAGAAUGGCAAAUGUCACCACUGGAAAGUGCUGUAGUUCACUGACAGAGUGCAGGUUCAAUCCCAGAGUGCAGGAUCUCUGAUGAAAGGAACAACAGAGACCUCUGCCUGAACUCUUGGGAGAGCUCUUGCCAGUUAUAGGAGACCAGACUGGAAUAGCUGGACCAGUAGUCUAGCCUAGUAUAGGAGUAAGCAUGGACCAAUGGUACCAAAUAGUAUGGGAAACAGCCUUACUAGAAAAAUUAACCAAUAAACUAAAACUGACACGGAGACAAAUGGAAGAAGACGCCUUCACCCCAGUAUGGCUCCCUUUUAUCACAUACACAGCCCAACAAGACAACAACAAGAAUCCACCAACAGCAUACGAAUCAAUAUGGCUAACCUGAUUAAAAAACACCCCCCACACACAUGAAAACAAAGAUCACCACAGCAAAUCACAAACAAGUAACCGCACCCUAAGCCAACCCCAAUUCUCCCACCACCAAAGGAACACAAGCAAAUAGUAAAGAGAACCUGCACAAAGGACACUGACACAAAACCCUACACAUACAUUAAGUAAAACAGAAACAUUACCACCUGACCCCACCCCUACCCACCAUGGCCCCCUCUACCUCUUCCCCCUUUUCUUCCCAAUGUAACAGCAAUGUCUCAACAAAUGAAACUGACCUGUAGAAAAUGUAGCUUGAAAAAAGAGACACUGCACAUACUCUUGUAAACCAAAAAAAUCUAUAUAUAUAUAGAGAGAGAGAGAGAGAGAGAGUGUGUGUGUCUAGCCUAGUAUAGACAGAGCCAUCUCCACUUCCCAAGGGGGCACCUUUGAAAAGUUAUGUUGGCUGCCAAGUCAGUUCACCCACCCAUACUUGUUGUGGUUGGCAGUGGCAGUGUAAUAGCCCACCACAAGCAGUGGCAAAGUCCUUGCCAUUUGAGAUUUCACUCAAGAAAUUUUGGAAUGUCAAGCAGCUUCCAGCCACCACACAAACCAAGAAAAGGCCAGACUGGGACUACAAUUAGACCCAAACCAGCUCAGGUGUCAGUGCCAUAUGACAAUACUGAGCCUGAUUAAAGGGCAGUUACAUUUGCUCAGCCAUUAUCUCUCUCCCUGUCCCCACAUUGCAGCUGGACAGCUUUCUUUUUUUAAUGUAGUGUCCUAUUUCAGUUUUGAAGACGAUAAGCUGUAGAGAUUUGUACUGACAAUUCCCUUCAGUCGUAUUUGCACCACUGUUAUCGUUACUUGUUUGAGAGUCAAGUUUAGGGGCAUGAAAUUCCCUCUGGAUUUUGUUUUGCUUGGUUUAGUUCUUUUAAAAAAAGCUCAGGAUGUUUGGGUCUGGUCCGUGCGUGGGUGGAAGACUUGGGUUCCAUAACGAAAGAAAGGCAGGAUAUACAUGUAACUCGAUAAAAUAUAAGCCAACCACACUUAUGCUUGUGUUGUACAGGAAUGAAAAUAGUAGCGAGAAUUACACAACUGACUUCAUUUACCAGCUCUAUUCCGAAGAAGGGAAAGGAGUCUUUGACUGCAGAAAGAACGUACUGGGUCACAUGCAGCAGGUAGGCAUACCUUACAGAUUCUCCAGGAUGAAGCAGGAGGCUUAAAAUGUUAUUCUAGUGCUGCAGUUGUGAGUGCAGGAGCUGGUUUCAUGUUUCCCCCUGGACUGGAAACCUCCCAGGACAAAUGCUGCAGUGCUUAAUUUCUGCAUCCAUCACCUGGGACAAAAUCUGCCAUAGAGGCACAUACAUCUACAUAGCUUGAAAGGGACCUUUUUGCCUACUUCAGUGUUGCAGAUAGUAUUACAUAACAAAUAGCUCCAUUGGCAGAGGUUGUUGUUGUUGUUGUUGUUGUUGUUGUUUAGUCGUUUAGUUAUGUCCGACUCUUCGUGACCCCAUGGACCAGAGCACGCCAGACACUCCUGUCUUCCACUGCCUCCUGGAGUUUGGUCAAACUCAUGCUGGUAGCUUCGAGAACACUGUCCAACCAUCUCAUCCUCUGUCGCCCUCUUCUCCUUGUGCCCUCCAUCUUUCCCAACAUCAGGGUCUUUUCCAGAGAGUCUUCUCUUCUCAUGAGGUGGACAAAGUAUUGGAGUCUCAGCUUCAGGAUCUGUCCUUCCAGUGAGCACUCAGGGCUGAUUUCCUUAAGAAUGGAGAGGUUUGGUCUUCUUGCAGUCCAUGGGACUCUCAAGAGUCUCCUCCAGCACCAUAAUUCAAAAGCAUCAAUUCUUCGGCGAUCAGCCUUCUUUAUGGUCCAGCUCUCACUUCCAUACAUCACUACUGGAAAAACCAUAGCUUUUACUAUAUGGACCUUUGUUGGCAAGGUGAUGUCUCUGCUUUUUAAGAUGCUGAUUGGCAGAGUAAGAGACUCUUAAUCUCAGGGUCGUUGGUUCAAGCCCCACAGUGGGUGAAAGUUGCCUGCCUUUUAGGGGGUUGGAUUGGAUUGGCCUUUGUGGUCCCUUUCAACUCUACAAUUCUCUACUCUUAAGUUUAAUAGCAUUUAACUAGUUUUAAUACUAAUUCAUUGGUAACACCGAGGCAUGAAGAUAUUUGCACUGGGACCGCAGCCAUUGAAUUGAGGUCUUGCAGCUCUGUAUGUCAGUACGAUUUAAAUUAUAACUAUCUGAUGCUGCACAAAGAACUGUAUGUAGAAGCAGUCAUUUGUUUAUGAUGCUGCCUUUGUUCAGUGGAGACCAAGUUCACUGCAGGCGCAGGUAAUCUUCCAACCUGGAUCCCUAGCUGAUGUCCACGACUAUGGGCAUGCGGCCAUGCCUCAAUUUCCGCCUAAGUCUCGUAAUUGCUUUGUAACUCCGAACAGAGUCCUAAAACUUCAACUCACUGUUCACGUACGUGUUGAAUUUCACAGGGUGGCGCUCCUUCGCCAUUUGACAGAAACUUUGGGACAAAAAUUUCAGCGAAAGCUGUACUUUGGCUCUCCAAGAAACUCAAAGAAUGCUAUCGAAGAGGUAAGGAAAUGCUGAUGGCCUUAAAAAAAUAAAAAUUAACUAGUUUAAUGUGUCAGCUGCUAACAUCAAUAGGAAAGUGCCAAACAUGUGAUACUGAGUCUGUGAGGCACACCUGUUUCUUCUCUCGUAUAUUAUCACAUCUGUGAAAAAAGGCUUAGCUGCCCUGUUUUAUUUUUCCUUAGCUUGCUGGAAAUAUUGAAGCCAGGGACCAGUGAAUUGUCUAUUUCCAGUAAUGGCACCUCAUUUGUACAGUGCUCUUCCAGUUUGAAGACUAUAGAGUCUUGAAUCACUGUUGGCCUUUCGAAAGCAAGCUGUGCUUUGAUGUAGUUUUACAGGGGAAAGUAUCUUAUCCUGCUUGCUUACAUUUUUUUUUGACUUAAAAAAAAAUUCAUAGUUUAUAUUGCUUGUAAACUGCUUUGCAGGCCCACUUCAGGGCAGAAAGACGGUAUAAAUUUAUUAAAAUCUAAUAUAGCAAACAUUUACAAGCGGCCAUUAAUAUUUCUUAACCAGUGAGGCCAGCUCCCUUUCUUCAAGGCACGUUGCACUGAGUCAGUGAGACUUUUGAAAAGACAUGUUUAGGACCAAGGUUGUUUGCAUUAUCAAGAAUAUUUGAGGCUGAUAAUUCAGAAAACUUAAUCCACAAUUCUUUAUUUACAGGGGCUAAAGUAUCCAUGCAGGUUAGGUAUACCUCAUGGUAUUCUAUAUAUCAAGCCACAUUCAAGUGCUUGCAACAGAACUAAGUAAAAACCCGUCAGUUACUAAGGAAUCCUUUUACUUAACUGACUUCUAAUUUUCUGAGCAAAACUAAGCCUAGACAAGCUUACUUAGGGGGUAAGAUCCACCAAAUUCUAAUGGUACAUUGUUUGAGUAAACCUGCGUAGGAUAAGGCUUCAGAUUUCUUAGAAUAUUAGGCAAAUUACCAAAGCUUGCCAUGAUUUGGUCAUGGAGAUUGAUAUUUUACUUCAGGGUAGUCAACUUGGUGCUGUCCAGUGUUUUGGACUACAGUUUCCUUCAUUUCUGGCUGGUUAAGCUGAUGGAUAUUAUAAUUCAAAACAUCUGAAAGGCACCAUGUUGGCUAUCACAGCUCUACUUUUUUAUUAUUAUGACCGACUCCUUAAACUGUGCUAAAAUGUGUGAGUAAUCUCAGCAUUCCAACCCCAACUCCCCAAAAAUUAAAAGUUCCUGACAAUGAUUUGUAAAAACAUAGGAAUUCACCGCAUGAGUUACAUAUAUUCUUCCUUUCUUGUUUUGUUUUCUUGGUUGCUGCACGGAUCACAGACGAAGGUAACAUGCUUCAUUCUUUUGCAAUUUUAUCAGGUUUGAGGAACAGUUCCUACUGUAAUGAUGAACAAUUUCUAACAACAAUUAACUAUGGCCAGUGACACCAGUUAUUCAUCCAUUCUCUUUCACUCUAAUUACCGAUUUGAAAACCAUGCCCUCUAACAGUUUCAGUCCCUAUUUUUUGUUGUCGUUCUUCACUGUAAUAUUUCAGUUAACCAAAUUCAAUUAAAAACCCUAUGUGGAAUUCUUUAACAUUUCAUCCCCCCAAGUACACUAUUCCCGUAUGUUACUCUUUUAUAGCUAAAACGAGAAAAUGUAUGUGUUUUUUUUCAAAGGAAGGGUAUUUGCCAACACUGAGGACAGUGUUUGCCUCCUGGGAAUGCGCCGGAGGAACCUUAUUUUCCAGCCUGUGGUUCAACUGAAGGAUGAAACAGACUUUGUGUAAGUAAAGACAGUGCGGGAAAAAACUCCAGCGUCCACACGAAGAUUAGAAUUAAGAAUUGGUAUCUCUUUGGGGACAAACGGUAGACUCUAGUUCAACUUCAGCCUUGAAGUGCCCUCCCCUCCCAAAAAAAACUCCUGGGAUUAUUGAAAGGAGAAUUUCUCUUUUACAAGGACCUGGCAGCGCUGAACCAGACACAAUCUUCUUUCACCCCCUUUUUAAUCUUUCAAUAGCAAAUGCUUCCAAUGUACUGUUGCUGUUGUGGGUGGUGCCCAGCUAUUGGGUAGCAUGGCAGCUGCUGAAUUUUUCAAAAUUCUCUUAAUCCCUGCAUCAUCUCUACUGGGCCUUUUGCCCAGCCAAGCUAGGUGCCAAGUCUGAAGCUUGGAUUUUAAGAGAAGCAACAUGCCCCAGUGGAAGAGCACAAACUUUGCAUGUAACAUUUUGCUUCUGCAGUACUAUUUAGUGGUAUCUGUAAAGACCUCAGCCUGAGCCAUUUAACUGCUUUGGCUACCUGCACUAGACAAGCCAAGAGUCUCACUGAGCCCAUGGUAAUGUUGACAGACUUGAAUUAAACUGCUUGUCUAAGCAGCAAAACCAGCAAAUUAGAAUCUUUGUUUUAAUGGAAGAAGGGAAGUGUAUUUCCAUGAUCUAAUGGCUCUCCUAUUGCAUCGCUUGUGCAACUAGGCAGCUAGUUUAUCUGCUGAGCACAAGUUGACAUGACAGCAUGUCACUAGCACUAACUCUCCAUAUAAAUCAGCUAUUUAUAUGAGCAGAGUGACAAGACCCUAUUUCAGAGUUCCUGUGUCUUGUUUCAAGUUGAUCAGCAUCCUCAGUUGCUGUUUCUCAAAGCCUGCCUAUAGGUUUAAAUGAGUUCUAAAAGCAUUUCCCCUCUUUCUUGCUAAACAGGCACCGAAUUCCCCGUGAACAGUGGUGGCUGAAGUUACGGCCCCUGAUGAAAAUUCUGGCCAAAUACAAGACCAGCUACGAUGUGUCAGAUUCGGGCCAGUUGGAGCAUGUGCUCAGACCAAAACAGGCAGAAGCGUGAGCCGACGAGUCCAUGGUGUCCUACUGUUAAAAAGUUGCAAUAGCUCUCCAUUGUGUGUCAACGAUGCUUUAGAAUACUUGUUGCAGCUUCGUUUUGUAACAUCUAAGUUAUUGUACCAGCACUUUAUGUGGAAAAACAAAAAGCCGCCAUCACAGACACUCUCUACCUGGUAUUGUCCUAGGCUUCUUAAAAAGACACCACACAAAACACCCUAGAGCCUAACUUAACAACAAAAAACCCAACUUACCAAUGUGUUCCUUACCAAUAACCUGUGCAAAAACGGUUCUAUGCACUCUGUGUGAUGCUAUUCAUCUCUUGCACUUUUACCAGAUAGUGUUUACACUUAAAGAGUAUGUUACAGAGGCUUAGUUUUGUGGCAAACUAAAAAGGAAACUUAUAUAUGUCCCCCAACAGAAUAAAAUACUAUAUUAAAAGUAA